GGAAGCAGAACAGGGAGGGGGUGAGAGAAGCAGACGGAAAAGAGAGAGAGAGAGAGAGUGAAGGGGAGAGGGAGAGAGAAGGAGAGAGACAUCCUCCCUCGUGUGAAUCCAUCAGUAGGCAGGCAAGAGACGGAUGCAAGCUCUCCUCACUCCUGCCCUGUUGCAUCCAUCCAUUCUCUUGCCCAUCCAUCCAACCAUCUCUCCACCCAUCCAGCCAUCCUCAAGGGCGUCACAGGGAGUAACGAGACCCGAACGGGAGGCGCAUGCAUGCAUGCAUGUUUGCGCAAAAUCCUCAUUGUAUGUAGGCAACACUAGCGUCUGCUCUGCGCGUGGAUCCGCUGUCAUGAGGAGCUGAAACAGGACCGACAGGAGGAUGAAAAUGCUCCGGUUUCGCAGCCCCAGCAUCCGCUCCUUGGACCAGGAGAUUCUUUGCACGAUCCGGUUACUGGACGACUCGGAGAUCUCCUGCAGCAUUCAGGUAAGAAUGCCUCACACACCUCAGCUUCUGUCUCAUGUGGUUCAUACGUGGACGCAGCAGACGAUUAAACGACACUGAAAUCAGUCAAUUCAGUCUGAAUAUUUUCAUAAUCUCAUUUUUAAUGACACACACAUUUGAACGCAGCUGUCCCUCAUUUCCACGCUGUUUCGAUUGAUCGGAGAUGUCGUUUUCCUCUCUCCCUGCUGCCACUGUGAGAUAUGAGGAGGGGAACCAUUAGUGACCGAUCUGUCCACAUGGAGAGAAGUUGGGAUGAAGUUAGAUCACAGGUGUGGAAAUGAUGCUCUGUGGGUGUGGUGACAGUGAUGAUAGUAACAAUGAUGAGGGCAGGGAGAACAAAUGUUGAUGUUAUUGAUUUCAGUUAGUGAGGUGAGGCUUCAUGUCUGUCUCCAGAGAGGAAGAGCUGUCUUCAUGGAGGUGGUAAUCCAUAUUGUUUCUGUCUUAAGAGACUCACCCAGCUGAUGCAGCAGCACAAAGUAUCAAUCAUACAGAAACUCAUAUAGCCUUGAGUGUGAGAUUUACUCUUAUUGCUACAGUGAGAGUUCAAAAAUACACCGGUAGCUGAAAUAAUCAGACUGAAAUCUGGACUAGAUGAGGGAAAAACACAGCAUUUUACUUCUUCACCUUGAUCAAGCAUAAAAAUUAAAUCUUGUAUUUAAUCUUUUAUCUGUUUUUAUCACUUUUGUUUCUGGCUCUGUCACUGAGCAGCAUCUGCUUAUGUCUUGUAGCUGGUAACAAUGACUGUAAAUCAAACAGCACACAAAGUCUUGGAUUUGUAUUUUGCACUGUCACACCCCCAGAGAGAGAAAGUUCUGGAUUCGAACCUUCAGGCCUGCUGAGGUUCCUCUGUGUGGACUUUACAUUCUCUCAGUGGGUUUUCUGUAGGUGAUCAGGCCUCCAGCCACAAUCCAAAACCAUGCAGGUUGGGGUUAAUUCGCAAAUGUGAAUUACCAGGGGGCAAGAAUGAUCAACACAUGUUUAACAAUACCUGAGUUAAGGACCUGUGCACCUCAGCACUAUAUACAUAUUGCACUGCUAGCACCACUGCAUUUAUUUAUUGCACUUUUUAUACUGGUUUUAACAGAUUUUACUCCACUUGGCUGGUCUGCAAAGGUGCGCUUGUUGUUGUUGUUGCCUUUGUUAGUGUACUGUGUAUGAGUCUGUGAGUGGCGUGACCCCUGAAUUUCCCGACUGGGAUUAAUUAAGUAUCUAUCUAUCUAUCUAUCUAUCUAUCUAUCUAUCUAUCUAUGGUUCACUGAUCACCUGCAAGAUGAAAUCUGCAUCAAAAGAUGAGCUUUUAAUGCAAAUUGAUGACUGGAUGUUUGAUGCACAAACAUCAAAACCAAACUGCAGACUAUAAAGUUUCCAUCAGAGGGGAAAAAAAACAAAACAAAUGAUGAAACUUUUGUCAUUCGUAGAAACUUUUUUGGCUGUCUGAACAAAGAGAAUCGUCACCCCGUUUUUACACAAAUUAAUUACAUCCUGUGUGGCUCUGAGCUGCAGCAUCUGCCAGAGAAGAAAAGUGAAAUCAGGUGAACCUGCCAAAUUCUGACUCACAUGUUGAGAACAUCUGCAUAUUUAAUCAAGAAUAAUGCAGAGAAAAUAUGAGCAAUGACAAAAAAAAAGGGGGCUGAAGCCACAUCUCUUAAGUAUUACACUAAAUCCUUCAAAGCAGCAGCAGCUUCUUUGUUACCCAGUUGAAGAGAGUUUAGAGCACAGUGAGAGAACACAAGCAGCAGCUUGUCUCAGUCUGAGCCGCCUUUAGAAGAAGUCAUCAGCUGCCUCGGCCUUGUUGUCUGACCCUGAAAGAACAGACACACUGGCUGCCUGUCAAACUAACUGUUUCUCUGUUUCUCUACGAGUGCCCAAUCAAAGAUUUACACAAGAACACGAAGAGCACAGAGUCAGGAAGGAGAGAGAGAGAGAGAGAGAGAGAGAGAGAGAGAGAGAGAGAGGCUGUGUCUGCUUCUUUGUGUUUCACAUGCAUCUGUAGUACCUGUACCUGCUUCUGUCUUUUAGAGCACAAAAGUGUGUCGAACAUCUAUGUUCACGUCGGAGAACCUGAGAGUGUGACUUUCCUCCAGGAGAUGCAAGAGUCACAGAUUGUGAAAGUGUGUGUGUGUGUGUGUGUGUGUGUGUGUGUGUGUGUGUGUGUGUGUGUGUGUGUGUGUGUGUGUGUGUGUGUGUGUGUGUGUGUGUGUGUGCUUUUAGCUGAGCGCCCGUGUUUGAUAAGGAAGUGGACAUUUAUUCUUCUAGCUGACUGCUUUUUCCACGGCUUUCUUUUAAUGGCUUUGUGUUCCAUUCCUGAGCGGCUCCUUCCUACAUAUUUCAUGACAUCCUGCGCUCCUCAUGCUACACUCUUACUCAACAACAGCACUUCUCCUGUUUCAACCACACACACUUACAUCUCUCACUUUAUCCGCUUUCCCCCUCCUCCUCCUCCUCCUCUUCCUACAAUACUCAUGUCUAUCUCCCUUAUUUUGUCUUCUCUGCUUUUCUCUAUUGAGCUGAAUAAGUAGGUCAGGAUGAAAUGCUCUAAAUUGGAUGGCAUCAUAAAAAAAAUUGGGGAUGCAAUUGUGCUUUUGAGAAAUGCGUCACAUCAGAGCAGUUUGUUUAACGUCAGUUUGUGAUGUCCUUGUUUCAUUUAACUUUCCUCCGGGGCGUCAGCUCUUAUCUUUCCAGAAAACAGGAUCGCAUCAGCUGCAGGUCUCUUCUGGAUGAAAUGUUAGACACCACCACACUGUCAGUCUGCCCCAGGGUAGCUGUGACUACUAAGGUAGUUUACCACCACCAAAGUGUGACUGUGUGAGCGAAUGAAUUAUGUAUCCAAUGUAAAGCGCUUUGAGGGUCUCUGAUAAAGUGCUGUACGAAAUCUGAUGCAUUAUUAUUAUUAUUAUUAUUACAUAAAUAAAUCCUAAUUAAAUGAAGAGCGUUAGAUUUCUGGAAAAGCUACAGUCAGUGUGAACAUUCGAAAGGCAGCAGACUAUGAAAAUUUGCCCCAAAAGUCGAUGAAUAUUUAUGACUCCAGUGGUCAUUGCGUAACGCAUAUGUCUCAGUGCAAGUGCAAAAUUAUACCAAGGGCAGUUUGUUUUAUAAGAAGACAAGGCAGCUGUUGAGAAAGUAGUUCAAACUGCUUGUCUUAAAGUGUAUGAGGAUUAAAUAAGAUAUGAAAAGAUUUGUCAGGCAGUGUGAAAAGAUAUAAAAAGGGUAUUAAUGCUCAAAUAAAACAAACUCAAAAACUCAAAAACUCAAAGGGAGGCAAACUAGGAGAGACUUUCUGAUUCCACCAGAAAUGGAUCAGCUGGAAGAGGAGGAAAAAGAGGAGGAUAAAUUGUAUUGACAAAAGAUUGAAAUAGUAAAAACAUCACAUGCGUCACAUCAAAGUUUUGAUUUCCAAGGCCACCUUUUCAUGUGGAAUUUCACUAAUGGGAAAAAAGGGGUGAACAAGGGAGCAUUUCUGUCUGGAAUCUGAUCAUUGUAUAUUGCUAAAUAUUCCCAUUUCUACACACUGUAGGGCACAGCCAGUAAACUGGAUUUUCAAAAAGAGCUAAGACUGAAAAAUAGGAAACGAUGUGAAUGUUUUACAUUGAAUUUAUUAAAACAGAAAAUAGAAUAAAUUUACAAUGACAAACAGAAGAGACCUCAGAUUUCUAAGGAGUGUGUCCCAGAUAACUUAGUAUUGUAGCAUAGCUUGGUAUCAUUUCGAGAAAAUCCUGUCUUUGGUGAGAGAUUUCAUUUCUAUCUCAGCUGUUGAACCUGAUGACAUGUUACUUUAAAGAUUUAUAUACAGUAGACCAGAGUUUAGUAAAAUGCAAGUCCAUCAAAGUUUAGCUCGAUUAGCUCUGGUUAUUCUGACCUGGAUCAUGACACUAUUUUAUAUUUUGGCUUGUCUAUCCCACUGUUCCACUGUGUUAAAAAAAAGAACAAGAUUUUUGUUCUGACUAAAUAACAACAGAGAAAACAUUCUAAUUAGGGCCUGACUGAUUGGGUAGUUGAAAACGCUUUCCUGGUCCAAGUUUGAUCAGUCAGUCUUCCUGUCAGCGUGAAGACCAGCAGCCUACAGUAUAUUAACAGUAUAUAGUAUACUGUAGAUAUCUACAGUAUAUAUAUAUUUUUUAUAACUUCAUAAAAAAAUCUUCAUAAAAACUUCAUAAUAAUCGGUAUCAGCAUCUGCCCCCAAAAAAAUCCAUAUCGGCCCUAACUUUAAUAUCCAUACAUCCAUACAUCCAUUGUGCUAAAAAUGAAGAAACAGUAAUACUUUGAGGUCAUUGUAGUCAUCCUUUGUGCCGGUUGAAAGAUGUAGGAAGUAAGAAGAAGAAGAAGCAGACUGCUAGAGCGCUAGCUGCAGCAGCCCUUUGAGGGAUUAUUAGGCACUCUUAAAACUUACGUUAAAGAUUAAUUGUGAAUCCAAAUCAAUGUUAGAGUUUGUGCCUCUUCUAGCCAACUGAUUAUUUUUACCUUCCUAAUGAUUUUUUAAAACCAUUUUCAUUCAGUUUUGCAGCUCACAAUCCACCAGGGGUAAUGUAUGUCAAAAUAAAAGCAGAGUUUGAUGUAUAUAACAGGAGUCUGUGUGCACGUGUGUGUGCCGCCUGUGUGUGUAUGAUGAUGCACGUGUGCAUUUGUGUGUGUCCAUGCAUGCUAAGAUGUGUGUUUGUUCUGUGAGUGUGUCUACAGCCUGGGGGGUUGGAUGUGUGUAGCCUGCUGCUCUCAUGUUAGGCGGUGAUGUAAACUCAGACCUGCUGCAGGAGAGACAUGCUGAGAUCAAAACACAGUGACCUCCCCUGCUUUCAGUUCCUCUCUUUUUCACCACCACUCUUUUUCUCCUUUUCUUCCCAUCUGUCCUCCGCUCCCCCUCUUUGUUUUCUCCCCUGAGCUCUCCACUCCUUCCUUCCCUUUUUCCACUUUCUUCUCUGCCCCACUUUUAGCUUCAUAUUUGAUUACCUUUUCUCACUUUCACAUGCCUCCUCAUCUCAGUCUUCCUCCACCCUCCCUCCCUCACUCCACCCUCUCUCUCGUCUCCAUCCUUCUCUGUGACACAUCAUGUAUAAUUAAGGGUUAUCACUGUUCUUCAUGGGGCCAACAUCAGUCAGCUGUCAGUGAUGUGAUACAAGUGUGUGUGUGCUCAGGCUGUUAAUGUGUAUGUGUGAAGUUGUGAUGACCGUGCUGCACUUAAAUUAAAGAUUCAAAAGUAGACAUUGAGCCCAACUGCAGCAAUUACAGACAUUAAUUUACCGUGCUUAGCAAGAAAUUACAGCGCUGAACCAAAAUAGCUUGUACUUUUGUGAGGCUGUAAUACAUCCUGCUGACCGCUUUGUUUCUAUAAUUAUUGGAGUCACCUUAUCAAUACAUCAGCAGUUCAGUCUAUUAAAAGAUGCUGCAGGUAUUGUUUUUCACUGCAUCUGCCUUUUUCUCGGUCAAGGAGAAGUGUGUGUGUGUGUAGCAAUAGCUGCUGCUGGUCUUUUAUUUACUACAUUUGUUGUGGCAGGUUGUUUGUGUGCAUGUGUGUAUGUGUGUGUGUGAUGCUGAUGCAGUGCGAUUGUUUCAGCUGGUAGGCAUUAUUCGGCACAGGUUAUAUAUAGCAUCAGUUUUCUAUUCUUAUCUCCCUCUCUGGCGCAUCUUUGAUGCCCCUCUGAAGAGGACUAAAGAGAAAUAAUCCGUUUUCUGACGCGUGCCUCCAGCUGAGAGGAAGCAGACAUCGACGAGACAGCAAGAGGAGGGUACGAAAACAUCAAAGGAAAUGGGUUAGAGGCAAAGAGCGAGAGAUGGGACAUGGUUGAUAAGACAAAAUAUAGGAUGACACGCUUGGUCACAUAACGUGAGCUGUGAAGCUGACGGUAAGAGCUCGGCGUGGAGUAGGAAGGAAUCAGAAAGGAGAUGAGGUGCAGCAGCAUGGAAAACAGGCUAAGCAGAUUUUAACAUGAAACAAAUUUGGAAAGAGACUGGCAAACAUGUACAGAUUUUUUUUAAAAAGGAAAUAAAGUGGAGGAAAGAAUGGAGGAAAGGGCAGGUAGGAGGAUGUGUGGCAAGGAUAGAGAAGACUCUGCAGUGAAAGAGGAUAAAGAGUUAAAAGGGAGAGAAAUUACAAAGGUGAAAAGAGAAUACAUUCAGAGAACUGAGAGCAUACACUCUCGUCUGUUACACUGGAAAUCAUUGUUAUGUGUGUCAACAAAUUUAAAUUUACCAUCCUCAUUGCAUCAGACAUUUUUUUGAGUUGGAUUGUGUAAGUAAAAAACCAACCACCAAACAACAAAACCUCAGAAAUGGAGUCAUCUCAGUAGAGAAAGAGAAGACAAUCUGUAAUGAAGAGAACGGAGCGUUCAUUUUGUUUCAGUGCAGUCGUAAUCAUCAUCCUGAGUGUGCACAUGUGAUGUUGUAAAACCCUUCUUGUUUGUCCUCAUUGUUAGACAUUUAAAAUGUGAUUCAGUGGCAAAGGCAGGCACACAUAUACAGAGACACACUAAUCCGUGCCUAAGACAAGCAGGAGCAGAAGCAAACAGACCUUUUAAGUUAGCUCAGAGGUUCAAAUUCCCCCUCUGUUUCUUCCACACUGAUUUCUCUUUUAUGGACUGUUUGUUUGUCUGUCUCUAAAAAUGGUACAUCCUGCAGUGCAAAGAUAAGGCAGCUGCUUCCAUGCACCCGUCAAGUGCAUACACUCACAACAGCAGUGUAACCGCUUCAGCCAUGCCAUCAUCAUUACCGUCACACUUUCUCUGUCCUGUGAGCGAGUGUCCAGCUGUACACAGGACGAGAGAUUGAUUGAGCUUCAUUAUAAUAGAAACCGCUUAAGCUCCAUAUAUCGAUGAUUUACAGCUCUCCCUCUAAGCCUAUUAGUCUGUGCAGCCAUGAAUGCAGGUCUAUAACAUGUUUUAUAUCAUGUGUGCUAAUUCCAUCAUGCUUCACGUGUGUCUCUGCAGCACUGUGGGUAAGGUGAUUGAAUUGUCUCCUCUACACAAGGACAAGGUUAAAUUCCUUGUAAAAGGCUGCUCAUGAGAGAUGGGAAGCAGCACGGAAUUAAUUUCUAAAAGGCAUGAAUACAUAGCAUUGAGGUAGCAGUAGGCUGUAUUCUUAAAAAACAAAUUGACAUUAUCAAAAUUAAUUCAAUUAAAAAAACAAAUAUUUUACUUCACUGUUUGAAAUUAUUGAUGCGCUUACAUUUGCCCAUCGGAAACCUUAAAAAGUAAAAAAAUAUUAAACUCUUUAAUAUCUGUAGUGACAACACAUUGAUGAUAGUUUGGAAGGUGAUAUACUUUUAUUGGAAAUGCUGGAGAGUGGAUGUGUUUGGGUAACUUCUAAUGCUGCGUUCUAGUUACUUCAGAAGUGGGAUAUCAGAGCUGGGAAUGAUGCUAGUUGGAAAACCAAGAUGGACGCCUAUACUUACCCAUUGUUAGCUGUUGUUAACAAUUGUCUGCUGUCGUUAGCCGUUGUCAGCUGUUGUUAGUUGUUGUUAGCUAUACCAAUAGUAAACAACGCAUAACACAGUAUUUUACUCUUACAAACACCAUAGCACCAUGUUCAGUUAGACGUUGGGCAGUACAACAUAUACCACCUAUUUAAUUUCACAAAAACAAAAAAGAAGUGCUAACAAAUAAUACAUAGCAAGAGCUUUAACUGUUACUCUUUACUGUUGAUGCACUGCGCUGCCAUCUUGGAUUAUGACAUUGUCGUCAAAUAGGGGUUGGUGAGGAUUGUCCGACUUUCUGAGUUGGACAUCCGACUUCAGGGGGGCGUUCCAGAUGAAUUUCUGACUCUGAGCUCAGGAAUUUCGACUUCCGAGUACAACUGGAACGUAGCAUAAAUAGCUAUAGAAUUGAGUUUACUCAAAGUGUUAGAAACUUUAUGAAUGAUGAGGUUGAAAAUGAGGAUUGGGAGACAGGCAGCUGUUAGGUAGCAGAUGUGAUGUAGUGCUACAUCAUGUACCUAUGUUAGGAACCUAUUGAGGCUACACUACUUUGGUGGUCUAGGAGUUCAGCUUCCCUAAAAUAGUUAAAUGCGGGACUAUUUAGUAUCUUUUGGGCUAUGGUGGAUUGACAGUAGAGGGUUAGCCUUACAUUUGUGAGCUCUAUAGCUCCAGGCCUGAGCCAUUACUGUUGUUGUUUGGUGGCUGAAGAGGCUUUGCUCAGCACUUCCUGUUUUGCAGCUCAUGAGAUCAAUACUAGGCUGGAGCUAUGUAGAUUUCUAACUGGGUAUGAAAUCAUGGCUCCGCUCUGUCUUUGUGCUACCACUCAAUGUUUUUCUCUUUUAAAUCUGAAAUAAAUGCAGCUCAGAUCCACUAAUUAAACAUUUACUCAUACAUGGUGAAGUGAUUGAAGGAAUUUACAGGGAGCUUUAGUUGUAGUAAGGUCAAGUACCACUUUAUAAAGGUUUCCCCUCUUAAUAUGUGUUGGAUGCUUUCCAAAAUUUAGCUUCUAGACUGAAAGCGUUUGAUCAUCUGCUCCUCUCUUCCAGUCUGGUGGUCAGUGUAGUCAGAGCGUUGGUGCCUUUGCACUCAGUUGAUGUAGCUUGCAUUUUGAAUUGAUUCUCAGAUAUUUGCUUACCCAGUUUGUUUUCUUAACUGUGCUUUUAUCGAAAUAGUCUGGCAUUUCACUAUAUUAACCGGGUGGCUAUUUUCCUCUCAGGAUAUAAUAAGCUCAAAUCCUGAUAUAAUGUUAAAAUACUCAGAUCUCACUUAUAUUAAAGAUCCUAUGAGAGGAGUUUUGAUGUCUAUGAAACAUAUUGAAACUCAUAUUGAUGCCCUCUUAUGUUAUCCAAAAACUAACAAGACGAUCUGCAACAAGGCUGAUGAUUUGUAAGUGGUCGUUUUUACUGCCUGAAACUGGCGUGGCGGUUUCUUUAGCAGGUAAAGAAACAUCAGUGUUUUCUUAUGUCUGCAUUACAUGUUGACAGUAAAUGGUACAUUUGACUGUGAAAAGUUGGCAGGAUCAGAUUUUUUUUGUCACAAAAAACAUUACUGAACUAAAUAAUGGACAAGAUAAGCAAAGACUGCUUUGUGCCAAAAUAGACACAAACCAGAAGUUCCUCUCAGGCGCUCUAGAAACUAAAAUGAAGCUAAAAACCUGAAGAUGGGAUUGUCUGGGUCUGCUCAAGUUGUUACUCCUUAGAGAAAAUCCUAUCCUGUUGACAUUUGACAAUCAAAUAUGUAAAUUGUAGUUAAUAUGUGGAAGUAAAAAAAAAAUAUGUUUCUUCAGCUGAUUGGCUUACCCCUUCACAUGAUGUCAAAAUUAAGGAUAUAAAAACCACCAGUCUCAUUGCUGAUGGUCUUGCUUGAUUUCGCAUACCCUGUUUAGGCGUCAUUAUAAGUUUUAGUCUGUUUCUAAUAUCGUCACCCUAUUAAAAAAUUUGACAAUUUGAGUUUUUGGCCUAAAUCAUCUCCCGAUAAUGCUGGCUAUCUCUGGUAAUAUUUCCUAAAUCUUUAGUUGAAAGGAUCAUGGCAUGAUCGUGUAGGCCAUUAUAUGGCCCAUUAUUUUAAUAGGGUGACAAUAUGUGAAAACACUCCUCAUGGGGGUUUUGAAUGUGGCCUUGUGUCUUUUUCAGAUGACCACAGCUUUUCAAUUGCUGAUCAUUUUAAAAGAAGUAAAACAGAAAUGAUGACUAUCUAGUGAUCAACAGCCAACAUUAUGGGAUUAGAGUAUUUGGUCUUUUUAAUCUGAGCAUGAUGUCAGCAGAAAAUGGCUUUUGAAAGAGUAUGGUCAAUAGCCUUAAGACAAACAUUUUCAAACAUGAUAAGUUUGAUCAAAUUAAAACUAUUACUCAAGUCCAGUAAAGCUGUGCAGUUCAAAAGAUAAAUGAGGUUGAAAAUGUGAAAAAUGUGUAAAGAUAAAUGAGUCAUGUCCCACAUUUCAAUUUGGAGGAAAUGUGCAGCUUUAAAGCCAUUGAGUCUUGGGUUUGUAUAUUACCUUUGUUGUUUAGUGUCAAGAAACACAUUCAAUAAAUUCACAUUCAAGUUUCUCUGCAUAUAGAGAAAUUACACCAGAGGAGAUCUUGACUGGACUGGCAUUGUUAUUGUCUCCCUUCAUCCUCCUCAUUGCUUCUUCCACACCCCACACUCAGCUCAUUGAUUUGUCUCUGCCGUAUCCUCUUCAUUGAUCCAUUAGAGACUAGGAAGUUGACUUUUGGUAGGUGUAAACAAAGUGGCUUUAGAAAUACUGGCACUGUUAAAAAUAGGACAACAAUAUUAUUGUACAUACUGAAAAUAUUGCUCACAUACUCAUCCUAAGUGGCAAAUAAAGUGUCUAAUUUGUCCACGAGCGUCUUGAAUCUCAGCUUCAUGUCGCUGCAGUGACUCCAGAAAAAGGCCCAAAUUAGUGCCUACAAGACAGCCAGGGAGCCUUUCUACGGGUUUGUGUGGAGGUAGAGGAGCAUAUCAUUAUCCUUAAUACCCAGCUUUUCUCUCUCUCUCUCUUUCUAUCUCUCUCUCUCUCUCUCGCGCUGUCCUCUUCAUCCCCUUCUGUACAGAUAAGGAGUGUGUUUUGGUUUCUUCACGCAAGGAUCUCAGGCAUUUAACGCUCGUUCUCCUCACCGUGUUUCAGUGCAGCCAAUUAGGUAUGCCGUGUCAUGAAAUGAAUCGUGCUGAAGUCGAUAAGAACCAGUCAUAAUUGAGCUGGCAUGCAUAUUAAUUAAACAACAAGCUGUGUUUAACUGGGCCAGGGCACCCAGGGUCCUAGUGCUUGACUCAUCAUUGUCACAGAGGCAAGAUACACUGUCGUACUUUUUUAUUUUUGCUUUUUAAUUUAACUUUUGGUUGAUUGGAAUAAAGUCUGUUACUAUACUCAGAGUUCUGAUAUGAUAUUAUCCAAUUACACUAAAUGAUAACUUUGACAGUGUCCAUAUUUUUAAACCAUGCUUUUGAUGACAGUGCCAAACGUCUUCUUUUUUCUCUGAAAGACGAUAACCUUGUGAUCUGAAAAUUCAUGUUUUAGUAAUAUUCACACCAAUAAUACAUAUCUAACUGACUUUUUCAGCAGGAUAUGUAUUAUUCUUCAUGACUGUGUAAUGAGUGAUGUAGAGUGAUGAAUUAACAGGCUGUUUUUGUAGUUAUGGAGAGUUGUUAACUUACCAAAAGAUGAUCGGAUCUAUCCAUUCAAACCGUCCCCAUUCACAGUCGGUGUCAUAUCUGAGGUUCGAUUACCUAAAUCAGUAGCUUCACCCUUUUUCUCCAAGGUCCAUUUAACUGCCGGCUCACAAAUUUAUUGUCUUGUUAAAAGCUCAAGAUGUCAAUGAACUUGUUUGGCUGCUGCUCCCUGUACAGAAACAGGUGCCAAAAAUAAGGAUGCUAGCUGAUGUCUGGUUAGCACAGUGGAACGUUGUUUUGGGUCUUCAUCAGUUCCAGUGUCUCCGUGUUUAGCAGCUCAGAGCUAAAUUAGGUGUGCGAGACUUGUAUUUGUGAAGUUGUUGGAAAACUUUCUCAAACGAACAACAAUAUUCAUCUGUAGUCUCUCUAUGUUUGAGUUCAACACAUCAGCUUAAAAAGAGUUUCUCAGCCCAAACUGUUCUUGACUCUGUGAACUUUGAAGGUUAAAACUUUUCUUCUUAGUGUAACAGAUGUUUUUGUGAAUUCAUUAUAGGUGUGGGAAUGAAUAAUUCACUACAUCUGUAUUUUUACUCUCAGCAUGCUGAUGGUUUUCUGUUUUUCCGGUCUAGUUUUGUCUGGCCGGUCUGCGCCUGAACUCUUGAUAGAUCUGAAGUCCUUCUUUAUCUAAAAAAAAAAAAAUGGUACAGAAGAUAAAGUUACACUUGAACAAACACAUCAAAGUGCACUUUGCCUUUGCUGUACUGAAUACACUCCACAUUGAGACUCUAUUUUAAGUGUGUGUGUGUGUGUGUGUGUGUGUGUGUGUGUGUGUGUGUGUGUGUGUGUGUGUGUGUGUGUGUGUGUGUGUGUGUGUGGGUUCCAAGGAGGCAGAGAAGCACUUUGCCGUCAUUAGGUGAGAUCAUGUAGAAACAGGAUGACCAUGUUAAUUUUUAAUGCCCAGCCUUUGGAAACGUUAAAUAUGUAUCCAUCCCUUGUUGGACAUAAUAUAGAGUCUUUAUAUCUCCCUGCUGUUCCACCUUUCUGCUCUCAGUUGAUCCCAAAUCUCUCUUUUCUUGACCUUUUUUUUUUUUUAGCUCUGUCUCUCCUCCAGUCUCUUGGCUGCUUUGGCUCUGUUUCCCUCUCUGUCUGGUCCGAUUCUCUGUCUCCACUCUGGGCGUCAGUCUGCCGCUCUUCUCUACACAAGCAUCUGCCUUGAGAACCACACAGAGGAAAGGUGUCCUUUGAUGAUCUGACAACGAAACAGCUCCUAGCGUGUGUCUGUUCAUUCGAGUUCCUCUUUUUUUUUUCUCCCUCUUCCCUCAGUACGUCUGUCUGUUUGCUCUUCAGAUUUAACAGCUUAACACUGUUGUCAUGGAUCAGCCAAAAAUCCUGAAGAGAUGUAGCCACACAUGUGUACACACACACACACACACACACACACGCACAGGCAGGCUAGCAUGGAGACACAAACAAUUGCAGCAUCACCCACUGGGAGGCACAUUAGAUUUACAGCUUACAUUUGUUUCAUGGUGAUAUAACAGUGAACCUGAACCAGCCAAUAGGGAUGAGCUGCCUUACUGACAGAUGAUUGUUGCCCCAGUGAUGUAACGGAGGACACAGGAGACGUCUACCUCACUGUGCUGCUGCUGGUAUGUGUCUGGAUCAGGGUCAUGCUGAGUUAAAGUUUUUGGUAAAUUAACUCUCAGGAUGCCACCUUUUGUUUUGAGCAGAAGAGGUAGUUUGGUAAAAGUUAAUAAAAUUGUCAGAGAGGAUUGAAUAAUAAGUAAGUCAACCUUUGGAGUGUCAUUUCCCUUUUUUAGGUGGUUUGAUGCGUCCCUGAACCUCUACCCUGAGCCCAGAGCUCACUGAUACUUGUCUGAGCUACUGACUGGACUCUUCAGUCCAUCAAAACCUCUGUUUACUUUGACUGGGUAUUAGCUCUUAACACCUUUAUCUCGUGUAUUGACAGAAACAUCCCAGUACUGUUGCAUCCAACUGCUCAAAAAAGAGAGAAUAGCUAUGAGGUAUUAAAGGGAUAUUCCAGCAUAAAUUUAAUUUAGGGUCAAACACACUGUAACACUGAGUUAGACUCCCCCUCAAGAGAUGAAUGUUGUUGACCGCUUGCUUCUCUUGUUAUACUAACCUUAGUAAUGACCACACGAUAGCAAUACACAACGGUCUGAGGAGCCAUAAACAAACCUCAACCAAAACGCCACUCUAUAGCCACAAAUAACGCUCAGAACAGCACCUAACUUCAUCAACAGUACAUAUAGGGUCCCAGCCAUAGCUCUAGCCACCAAACAUCUUUUUAACUUUGCCUGAUUUCUUUAGCAAAGAGACUAAACACAACUCACCUACUCUCUUACAGCAGCCGCUUGUUUGUAGCGAGACCUCGGGCAAGUCCAUUUCGGACUACAGCAGGGUGGCGGAGCUCAAGGAAGAACAUUUAUGAUCAUUACUUUAUCAUGUCCUCGAAGUAAUAAUCAUCAUAUUAAUCAUUUCGCACUGCAGACGCGGUAGUUCUUCUGCCUUAGCGUCUCAGUCUGAUCGCAUUUUCACGAAGAAAUUAUCAUAAUUGUUCUUCCUUGAGCUGUGUCACCCCGCAGCAGUCAAUGAUGGACUACUCCGAGGUGUUGCUACAAACAAGCAGCUGCUGGAGGAGAGUGGGUGAGUUGUGUUUAGUCUCUUUGCUAAAGAAAUUAGGCAAAGUUAAAAAAGAUGUUUGGUGGCUAGAACUAUGGCUGGGACCCUAUCUGUACUGUUGAAAUAGAAUGCAAUAACAAAAAGGUUUUACAUACAUAAUACAUGCCACAGUGUAUGCUUUCAGUAAAUUGAUGGAAAUCAAAUGAAACCAGAGAAAACAAAGUAUUCAGUUGGUAAUUGUAUCUCUUAAAUAUUCACUGUAAUUGGAUCUGGUACCCUUAUUUUUAAACAGUACCCCUCAUUUAUUCUUUUAGUGAGGCAAAGGUAAAGCUCACCCACAAUUUCAUUCUGACAUUAGAAACAUCGUUUUAUUGUCGUAACUGAAUUCACACUCAUUCCUUUCCUGCAUCUUUUUGUUUCACAGUAACAUCACUAACUGUGCUGACAGAUCCUGUCUUGCAGUCCAGUGGAAAUGUUUGAACAGCUGGGGAUUGUCGUUUGUUAAAUAUUGAUUUGAUAAUAUGCACUGUGUAGUGCGCUGUGUAGUGGUGUAUAUAUAUGAACUCCUUCUGUGUUUUCUGCGCAGUGGUCGUUUUAUAUUUAAUUCCGUUUUGUUGUUUGUUGCAUUGACCUCAAUCUGCUACUUGACUACUACAGCUUUUCUGUCUUUUGUGCUUUUUGCUGCGAUCUUCUCUCUGUUUGGAUCUGUGCUGUCACAUACAGCUGCUGUGUUCAUCCUGCUGAGGCAGACGGUCGUUCUCGUCACUGUGUUUUGUUUUUUCUGUGAAUUUCGCAGGGACUGUUAUGCUUUUGGCUUCUCCGUAAACACCUACAGUAGAGUGUGUUUACAGCAAAUAACAGAAUUGAGAAAUGAGAGCAUGACUCACCAAGUAGUGUUUUAAAAGGUUGCCUUGGCGAGAUAUUGCAGCGCUUUCCAAGUAAAACAUAUGCGCAGGAUUUUCAGUUUGUGUGAGACCUCAGAGGAUCAGAGACAGAAGAGACUUACCGCAGUCAGGACUAAACAGGGUCAUGUUAGGGGCUGAUUUCAGUCCUGACGUACUCUUUGCAGAACAUAGCAUAACAUUUACACCAGAGGACCCAUGCUUAUCAAAGCCGAAGGGGAAACAGUUGAUUUUAAGAGUUGCAAGGGAUUACUCGAAGAUGAGAGAGAGUGGAGACGUAAAGACACAGUCCCAGAUCUCAGCUCAAUACAGACAGAUCAGUUAGAGGUGAAUAAUAAUGGUAUAUAUAAUGACAGUAUCAUUGUUGAACACUGGACAAUGAAGACAGAGGAUAUGUUCAGACUCUCCCAGAGGUGUAGGUGUGUUGCACCCAGUGUUGGCUAAUGUACUUAUAAAAGCUUUUCUCGAGUUAAAGUAUGAAUGUCAUCCAAGAAAAUAAGUGAGAGUCAGUUCACCUUACACUACUUUAGUGAAAGAGUUGAUGUUCAAAAAUGUAAUGUUAUUAAGGGUCAAACUGUUUUCACUUUCAGAAAAACAACAUCUUUGCUUCUCAAAGACUCUUCCUCUUCUUUUUGUUUUUACACCAUAUUUGGAUUCAUGAUGCUCCAUCACUGCCACCCUAAUCCUAAGGCUCUGCAUUUCAGUUCAUUUAAAACUAUAUUUUUACUAUAUACAGACCCCCAAAUUUUUCGUCAUUUAAUUUUGAGUAACAAAGAUUUUCAGAUUUUCACUAACCUCCAUUUAAGUACAUAGAUGCUCCCUGAAAGUACUGAAGUACAGUGACAAAGCAUUUAUACUCCAGUGGUUUCCACCUGUCAGGCACAUGAUCAGAUUUAAUUUAUGAAUGUCGGAAAAAAAUAAAUAAAAUGAAAUUUAUAUUCUGUUUACUGAUGUUUCUUUAUUGCAAAUGGAGUUUUACCUAAAGUCAAUGAAAUGCUUGUUACCUGUUGGGGCUGAACUGUGUACAGCAUGAACAUGCUGCAUAUCUUGGCUUCAUGGCUUGUACUUCGGCAAGUUUAGCUGCUUACAACCUGCACCAUUAGCAGCUGUCCAUCUCUCAGCCUACAGAGUUAGCAUCAGCACUUCAAAUUUAUGAAGGAAAAAAAAAAUGUUUCUUCAAAGUAAUGUAUUUGACUUACUUGUUGAGGAAUAGCAAACAUACCAGGAGCAAUCUUUGCUGAUGGAGUGAGCAAUUGAUGAUGUUAUCUCCACUUCAAACUAUACCAGAGGGGAGAGAAAUGCAGAGAGCUGUCUGAAUUUAAAGGAUGUGCAUAGGAUAAGUCAAACAAUCAGGACUGGUGUGUCUGUCAGAUUAAAAUGUGUCCAAAUGAAAUAAGACGUGGCUGAUGUCAUUGAAAUGUCUGUCUCAUAAAGGGGUCUGACAAGCGUUGAUUGACACUUUUAUGUUGUCUUUUUAAUGACAAUAUGUGACCAAAAUACAACUGUGCCUCUUAUUUUAAUAGUGUGUGUGCAUGUGUGUAUGUGUGUGUUUGUGACGUCUUAAUUUAUAUGCGUCUCCUGUGGUGAAUAAAUAACAACAAGGACAAACAGACCAUUUCCUUCUGAAUCAAUCAGUCCCGCUUAACUGAGCACAGAAUCUACCUCUGUCAGCAGUUAAUGGAAAUGCACACACAAAUACACGCACACACACACGAUAAGUGCACAUGAGAGAGUAUGUCAGGCAAAUAAUAUGACCAAAUGUCAAUUGUUCAGAUGAGGAUUUUAAUGGUUAGAUGUGCAGUCAGCAUGCACACACACAUGGAAAUAUCAUUAACUUUUAUGUGCAUGUAUAAGAGCAGGAAUAUGUAGUUAUACCUUUACUACACCAUGAAGUAUUGUUAUGUGUUGAGCCACAUGGACAUUAGCCUAGGGAUCAGUGUGUGUGUGCAUGUGAUGAGAAGACACUGAGCAAGCAGCAGCAGGUAAUAAAUGUCGAGUCAUCAUUGAUCAUUGAUCGCUGUGUGUCUUCGCUGAGUUCAUGAACUGCAUAUGGCCUUUAUUUACUGGCAUGUUGGCGCAGGCUGGGUUAUGACCACAGCAUCAUAUUAUCACCUGGAGACCUAAAGGCAGCUAACAUAGAUUUUCCAUUAUCAUGUUCUUUGGCGAUAAAAGUACGAGUGCGUCACCCAGGGGGGUUAUUUGCUGUGAUUAUGCUGCACCGAAGGAGUUGGUAUCACAUGCAGCUGGAAGGUUUAAGAAAAUGAAUGCAAAGACAUCCUCAUGUACUCAAGAUGGAAUGUGUUUUUUGUCCCCACAGAGAGACACCAAAGGUCAGUUCCUGCUGGACCAUGUGUGCAACCACUACAAUCUGCUGGAGAAAGACUACUUUGGUAUUCGAUAUGUGGACCCUGAGAAACAGAGGGUAAUGUACAGUCACAUACACAUGCAGAACAUCCACAAGCAGAAGCAUAACAGACUUUUUUAUCAACAAUAAUUUCUUUUUAUUCAGCUUAAGUCUAUAAAAUAUGCAUAAGAUAAAAAAUACUGAUCUGGAUUCUGCAGAGCUCAAAGUCAGGUCUGAAAAUUGCCUGUUUGUCACAGCAGAAAGCAUGGUUAUUGUAAGUUCUACAGUUUAUGAAACAAUCAUGCAGAAUAUUGACAACCUUUUUUUCUGUUGAUUGCUUGAUUGCACUGACCAAUUUGCUAAUUAGGUUUUAUGAUAUUAAAAUUGGGGGACCUAAGUCUCAUAAUCUGAUUUUUGAGUUAACAAAAAAUCAGAAAAUCCUCUUAUUUCUAAAGCUUCUUUUCAAGCAAUUUGGCAAUGGGGUUUCCAAAAACAAUACAAUGAGGGAAAAUAUGAAAGGGAAGUCGAAGAUUGUUGAAAACAGAAACUUCCAUUUAAAGGGAUAUUCCGGUGUAAAAUUAAUUUAGGGUCAAACACACUGUAACACUGAGUUAGACUCCCCCUAAAGAGAUGAAUGUUGCCGACUGCUUGCUUCUCUAAUUAUACCAACUUUAGUAAUGACCAUAGAUAGCAAUACAAAGAGCCACAUGCUCAACCAAAACGCCACUCUAUAGCCACAAAUAAUGCUCAGAACAGCACCUAACUUCAUCAACAGUACAUAUAGGGUCCCAGUCACAGCACUAGCCACCAAACAUCUUUUUAACUUUGUCUGAUUUCUUUAGCAAAGAGACGAAAGACAACUCACCUGCUCUCUUCCAGCAGCCACUUGUUAGUAGAGAGACCUCAGGCGAGUCCAUUGACUGCAGCGGGGGAACGCAGCUCAAAGAAGAACAUUUAUGAUCAUUACUUUAUUAUUUCCUUGAAGUAAUAAUCAUCAUAUUGAUCAUUUUGCACAUCAGACACGGUAGUUCUUCUGCCUUAGCAUCUCGGUCUGAUUGCAUUUCCAUGAAGAAAUGAUCAUAAAUGUUCUUCCUUGAGCUGUAGUCCGUAAUGGACUGGCCGGAGGUCUUGCUACAAACAAGUGGCUGCUGGAAGAGAGAGGGUAAGUUGUGUUUAGUCUCUUUGCUAAAGAAAUCAGGCAAAGUUAAAAAGAUGUUUGGUGACUAGUACUAUGGCUGGGACCUUGUAUGUACUGUUGAUGAAGUUAGGUGCUGUUUUGAGGAUUAUUUGUGGCAUUUUGGUUGAGCACGUCGCUCUCUGUAUUGCUUUCUGCGGUCCUUACCAAAGUUGGUAUAACUAGAGAAGCAAGGAGUCGGCAACAUUCAUCUCUCGAGGGGGUGUCUAGCUCGGUGUUACGGUCUGUUUGACACAAACUUAAUUUUACGCUGGAAUAUCCCUUUAAUUUAUCUUGUCUCAGCGCCACAACAGAAUCUACACAUGCAGAAACGAAUGCAGUCAAAAAGGAGCUUUAAAGAAUAAAAUGACUGUAUGUAUUUAUAAAAAAAAAGAAAUGUAGAGAAGUGAUCUAACCUUCAGUCGGGAAACUCCUCUGCUAAGUCAGCAUGUCCAAAAUGGGAUGGCAGGGUAUUAAUAAGCAGGCAUUCUGUAACUUCAUAUUGCAAGCUCAAGUGACAACUAAUAACAGGAUCAGGCUCCAUAUUUAAAACAGCCCACACACACUGAGGAGACCAGACGCUUUGUCUGAAGAGACGCUCAGCCAGCAGCGAGCUUCAUUUAAAAUGCAUAAAGACAAAGGAACAACAUGCAAACAUCGGAGAGAAAUGUUACAGCACAAAGGCAAAAAUAUAAUAGAGCGCAAUAAGUGAAACUCUCCGGAACCCAUUCAGCUGUGUUAAUUUGCUGUACGAGGCUACAGUUGCUCUUGAGCAAUACAAUAAAUGGUGUGUGAGGGCCUGCAGACACAGCUCAAUGGGGAGGAGAGCAGAGCUUUCGCGGUCAGAAAUGAAUUGCUUGAAUUGACUGAAUUUAUCUUCAACAUUUAUUGAUUAUCCACAUGAAACUUAAAUUAAAUUUAGACCACUGUGUCUGAAAUAAAUCAUCGAAAACAUGAAGACAUCUUUGCUUUAGAGCUCAUGAUCACUGCAGUUACUGCUCUUAAAUGAGACGCUAUCUUUAGGCUAACAUUUCUCUUAUCCUCUUCUUUUCCUCCGUCAGCACUGGCUGGAGCCCAAUAAGCCUGUGGUGAGACAGAUGAAGUGUAAGUGUCGCCUCAACUCUUUUUGUCUUCUUUUUGUGUGUGUGUGUGUGUGUGUGUGUGUGUGUGUGUGUGUGUGUGUGUGCGUGUGUGUAUUCUGCGCUAGCGUGUGUGUGUGUGUUUGUGCAGCAAAGAGCAGCACUUGAGACACACCUGCUUGUUUCUGUUUGUCUAUGCGUGCUGGUGGUUGCAAAUUCUCGAAAGCAUUUUUGUGAGUGUACAGUGUGUGUUUGUUAAGACCCGAUAUGCGUGCCUGUGUUAUUUUCCAGUGAGCAGCUUCAGUGCGACAGGGUCAAACUCUACAACAAGUAGACAGCACCGCAGGGACUCUGAUACACACGGGGUUAUGACUGCACAUAGUCAACAGCAUUAAAAGCUAUGAGGCAUUCAAAGAAGGAAAACGGCAAAAAGACAUCAGCAUGGAGCACGUUACAGAGAAAUGACUUAUUUGAAGUGUGUAAAGACAGACGUAGAUAUACUCACAGUCCAUUAUAAACCAAUGGUGUUCAGGGAAUUUACCUACAUAAAAGUUUUAUUGCCUUAUCACCCUUUACACCCCCUGGACUCACAGCUCAUAUUACCAUAUUCAGUGAGUAGUGAUAGAGUUAGACAAUGUUAGACACGACUUUUUCUCAGAAACACUUCAGGGACACAAGUAGAGACACAAUAAAGGCAGACAAAGUGACAGGAGUAGGAAUACAACAAACUGCUGGAGGGACCCGUGGCCCAUCAAGAAAAUAAACUCAAACAAAGUGAAAAAAAACACAGACAUGGCAGGUAAUCACAAACAAAAGACUUGGUGGGCUUCCUGAGUACUUGUCAAAGUCUCCUGAGUUUACUUGGUGGAGUUUGGAGCAAACAGUGUGAGCCUGGGCCAGAUUUCUCUAGGAUCUAGGUCCUAGUUUAACACUAAGUGGUGGACAAGUACUCUGGUCUUCAACUGAGUAAAAGUAACAGGGGCAUGAUUUCACUCAAAAUCAAAGCAGACCACCAGCAAGAAAGAUGCCUGCAUUGUAAUAGUACAUAUCUACACCACUAUAAUUGAGUUGGUGUCGAUUUAAUCUGGGGGUCCAUUAGUCCACUUAAGACUGUCUGCAAAAGCCAAGAAUCCUCAUUGGGUCCCAUAUACACAGCAAUACCAUCAAUUCAUUCAAAUGGUCUUUUAUGCUGGGCGCCACACGGCACAGAAAGAAGGGUGGACAAAGAAGAAGCAGCAGACUGCUAGCGAGCCAGCUAAAGCAGCCUUUUUUUUACCGCAGUAACUGUAGGUGAAAAUCUGGUAUCGUGACAACCCUACAUCACGGCACACAUUUCCACUGCUAAAUGUUUUACAUAAAUUUGGCACAAGAAGGGGCAUGGCUGAGUUUAUUGACAGGUGGUUGUAUUGUAGGUUCAGCACAUAGACUGUAUAUAUACUAUGGACAACUUGGUUCCACCUCCCGACGGUAUACAGAUUUGAAGCCGAAAAGCUCUCGGUAAUUCCAUGAUUUUUGUCCAUUUUCUGAAACCAACAUUGCGCAUUAGCGUUGUACGCAUUUGGCGGGAGAGUUGCUGAAAAAACAAACCCCCUAAUAACUUUUAAAAAUGGAGCUGUACAGAAAAAAAGAGGACUUGAGCACAAACCAGUCUUACAAUAACUACAUGUCAACACCCCAAGCAAUUUAUAUUCUGUGUUGUAAAUUUCUAAAGUUUGUCCACAGCACUAUUAAGUUUUACUGGAGGAGGCGGGAUUUAUGAUCUAUACUGCAGCCCAUCACCAGAGUGUGCUGUUCUCAGAGUGGCCUCAACCAGCGAGAAGGCAGACGGCGUCCAUUCUAUAUACAGUCUAUGGUUCAGCAUUUCUUAUACGGCUCAAACUACAGUCAGGCUUAAGUGCUUAAAUUGAAAAACCAAUAGAUGACAUCGCUGAGACUACGCUCAUGUUUUAUACAGUCUAUAAAACAUGGCGAGCAAACACUUGACAGAGAGGAUAAAAAGCAUCACAUAAUGUUGACAGACGCUAUGAAAUACUGUCAAACUUUUAUCAGAUGAUCAGUAAAGUUUAAAAUACCAAAAGAAAAACACACUUUGGUGGGUAUGAGAGAGAAAUGCACUUUAUUUCUCGAGGCAAAUGUUUCAUUCUCUUCCUGAAAAAGAAGUGGCUGAAGUAGCAAGGGAAGAUUACUCUGCCUUUGCUUCAUAAAAAAUUUAAAGAGAUUUUGCUUUUUCAGCAAACUUCUAUACAGGGAGAGAAAAUCAGGAAGCAAACAUGUUACUUGGAAUCCAAAGCUAACACACAGAAGCCUUGUUUUCAUUUUGUCACAUAUCCAUCUACUCUGGAGAAAUCUGGUUCAUUGUACAGUCAUAUAAUCUUCCUGUUUGCAUCAAUCCAACAUGUAAUAGAAGCAUUAAUGUCUUGCUGCAGGAUUCAGCAGAAAGUCCACUUUUUGACACGUAGUGGAUUAAUCGACAGACCAGAAAAAAUGUUUGCACCUAAAGUUAGCCGCCUGUUAAAUGACUGUCCUGCUCAUUCUGUCUCCCUUUAAAUUAAUUAAGGAGCUAUUAGCAGCAUAUUCGGCCCCAUCAGAACAUCUGCAAGGGGGAGGGUGAAAAUCCGAGUGAGGGAUGAAGGGAGAGAGGGAAGAAGGAGAAGACUGACAAAAUGGGAAAUAAAAUGAAAUUGAAUAUGGUAAUUCAGAUAGACGAAAAAGGGAGACAGUGAUGGAAAAUGUAGCCAAAGAAAGAAGUCAGAUUUAGAAAAGACUUGAGGCAGAAAAGAGAAGGUUGAAGAGACAGUUUGAGAUGGAAAAGUCUGACAGAGAGCGAAAGAGAGAAGAAGAGAUGAGGGAGAAACAUGGAGGAUGGGUGUUAAACAGAUCUGAGUCGUACUGACACAUCACUUCUCCCUGUAGCAGGAUUUACUCUCAAAUUAGGACGUGUGGUUUGUUUGUUGUUUUCUUUUAUUCUCUCUUCAUGUGUCUCAGCUUACGUGCACAUGCGUCACUUUGGACAAGCGUCUGUUUGCAUAUUGUGUAAAUUCACUUUCACCGAAACCUUCUCCAAAAAACGUCUUGGUCCCUUAAGCCGGAGCAGAAAGGAAGCUGAAAUUCUUUGGGAGCAGGUGGGAGGAUUUGGUCUUUCAGCAUGUAUUAUGUAGAUGUGUGCUGUUUUUCAUGGUGGGAUAAUACCGCAGAGGAUGCAGCCAUUAAAGACAGAGUGGUGAGGGCACUCUGCACAGACUUCCACUCACAUCAAACCAUCUCUCUUCUUCUUCUUUUUCUGCAACAUGAGCUCAUACUUGGUGCACACUUUAGAGUCAUCAUGGCCAAUAUGUAAUAAUUCUGAUUUAACAUGUCUCAUGGAAUUUAUCUGUAUCAUAUUAAGGUGUUUUUACUCAAACCCAUAAGAGACAAGGGCAAUACAACCUGCAGAACGACCUUUUAGUUCUUGGCUCCACCAUGUUUAUCACCAUGGAUAAUGAUUACUUUUAUAUUAGGAGCAGUGUUGCAUGCUAUUUUUUAUGUGCAAUAUAAGCAGUGAACCGGUCAUCACCACACCAACACUAUCAUCAAAAGACCAUGUGCUUUUCUCUAUUACACAUGAUUGUAUUUUCUUCAAGUUGCAUGUUGUACAUGUAAAAUAGUGAAAAUUGUAUUUAUGUUAGAUGAUAUUAUGCGUCGUCCACAGGCAUUUCCAAGAGCCAACACAAAAACUCCUUACAGCAGAUAUGAAGCACUUUAUUGUACAAGUAUCACAUCUGCCAUUGAUGGGUUGUUGGUUUUGUUUCAUAUUUGUUUCUGUAGCUCCUAGGAUGCAAAUACAGCUGCAAAUAUAAACACAUCUUCUGUGGUAUCGUUGAAAAUCACUGUCGUAGAAAAAAUGGUGGGGAAAGAGAGAAAAAAAAACAGAAACACAGAAGCAGAGCUAGAGAAACUGACUUGAAAAUGUAAAUGUUGUCAUUUACAAGUGAGGGGAAUUGAUUGAAGCACUUUUUGGUUCAUAAGGUUUCUCUAUUUAUCACAUCUUUUAAAUGUUAUUGCAUAAUGAGUUGGCCAAUUACAUUUACUUCUGAUGAUUCUUCAAAGUGUACAUCAUCUAUGUGCAAAUAAGGGAAAUUCAAGGACCUCCUUGAAAUGCAUCAUGGGUGCAUGAAUGUAUAUUCAGAUAUAUCCAGUUCUGGGAUAUCUCUGAGACUCUAGGCGAGAGUUUUAAGUAGUUCAGUCGCUUGAUCCUACUCUGUAGCCUAUCACUGACUGUGGCUGUGUGUGUGUGAGACAUGUACGUAUGUGCACCUUGCAUAUUAAAAAAAAACAGGCUGAACUCACAUUGGCAGCACGCACACACACACACACACACAUAUAAUCGCACACACUUCCACAGUCCAAAAUGAAGAGCUUUAGGACUCGGAUGAAAGGAAAGAAACAGACCCUGUUUCAAGUGAGGUUCUUUGUGUGCCUAUUUGUGUGUACAUGUGUGUACGUGCAUUUAAGAGAGAUUGUGUGUGAUGAGUAAUUACUGUAAUUAUGGGAUGACUAAUAUUGAAGGCCUGAUUUCUUGUCUUGUCUCCGACUUCUUUUUCUGUCUAGUUUAACAUAAUCCUCAUGACUCUUAUUACCUCUUUUUCUGCACUCAUUCAUUGAUCUCUAUUCCUCUCUUUUCUCUCCUCCUCCCCUUAAAACAUCUACUUUUCUUCUGCAUGUCUUUUCACAUGUUUCGUUCAUGUUAAACUUUUGUAUUACUAUUGUAAACUAUUGUAUUAAAAAAAAACUCCUGCUGUCUUCACUCUCUUCUAAGGUUUCUCUCUUUUGUCCUCUGCAGCUCAGCAGCCGUACACCAUGUGCUUCAGGGUCAAGUUUUAUCCCCAUGAGCCGAUGAAAAUCAAGGAAGAGCUAACAAAGUAAGAGCUUUCAGUCACAUUAAGGGCUUUGUGGGUGACCGGGAAUAAAAAUAAUUUAAUAUCCGUAAUAAUUUACCGGAAGUAGGUUAAACUUCAAAAUAAAAGCAUAGUUUUAAAAAUAAACUCAAACAAAACAGGAAUAAUUUUAAAAAAAUAGUGGUUUAAUGAGGCACUAUUUCUUCAAAGAAGUUUCAGUAACACAGCUGAUAAUGUUGAUAGAUCAUAAAUUUUAACAUACUUAGAAAUAAAUGGUGAUAUGUAAGUUUAUUCUGUUUAUCUGUAAAAUUUAUAAACUAUAUUUCUGAACAAGUUUAUUUUGUGGCUUCACUCUUGUCAUGCCUUACUUCAGUUUUGAUCACGGUGUUAUUUCAAAUCUAUAUAUAUAUAUAUAAACCGUGAAUAUUUUUUUCCAUCCUUUCAGUGGAUUGAUAUGAUAUUGUGUGUGAUCUGGUUGUCCCCUUUUGUCUCUCUUGCUAUUCUUAAUGAAUCACCGUUGAUUUGGUGUUUUGACCAAACAAAGGUAGCCUGGUCUGGGUAUGAAAAGCAUACGGUAGCCUGGUCAAAUCUUUAUGUACCACUCCAGGCAGACUUCUUCUCUUCAUAGGAACCGCACAGUUCUUUCAUGGAUCUUGUGAAGAAAAAAAAAAUUAGUAAAAGAAACAUCUUUUUUCCAUGGUGAUAGGUGUACCAGACAAACACCUGGAACGAUUGGCUAACAUCACGAGAUAGACACAGUAUGGUUUGUUUUAGGUACAAAAAAAUAACUUGAUCAAGAUUUAGAGAGUUUAAGAUAACGUUUUUAUUUACAGGAUAGUCUGGGAAGUCCAUGUAAACUUAAGAAUAACCUCAUUACCCCAAAACACUGCUCAAACACACACAGACUCACACACACACACACACACACACACACACAGACACUCACACACACACACACACACACACACACACACACACACACACACACACACACACAUGCUGUGGGAGAAUGAAUGUCUCUCAUUGGUCAUGUCCUCCAGCCUCAAGAGGGAGAAGAAGAAUGAAGAUGAGGCGAGGAAGUCAGCCAGAGAGAGAGAGCAGAUAGAUGUACUGGCAACAAUGUGUGUGUAGAUGUAUGUGUAGGUGUGUUUGUGUUUAGACACUAAGGGGGACUUGUACUGUCAGAAGGGAACAAACACACAAAGUCUCCUUUAAAGGAUCGGACAGGAUCCAGGAGGAGGUCUUUUUGAUUUAAAAUCCUACCGUGUGCUUCCUGUUUUGUUUAUUUUCAUUUUUUUUAUUUCGAUGUCUUUGUUCAUGGAAAUAGGAUGCUAAAACACGGCUGACCUCGUAAAUAUUAAUAAAACGUAGAUUUAUGCAGGAAGUCAGAAUGUGCUUCCACAUAGAUCUAUGCUUGUAGGACAUUUCGGGGGGUGAAAUGCGCCACCAGAUUAUGCUUCCACAUAGAUAUAUGCUGGACAGACGUAUGUUGGAGAGGUUGAUGAGUAAUGUCACUGCAGACGACAAAGAUGAAGUCGAGAAGUACAGAUCCUUUAAUACCCCCAACCGAGGAUCUACUCCACUUCUGGGCAACGAGAAAGACUGUCACAACGUCCCAGCAGCAUAUAUCUGUGUAGAGACAUAAUUUGAUGGGGGUUUUCCACCUGCUGAAACUUCCUACCAUAAUAUUAAUGCUCAUUUCUGCGCCACAUGUCAAAGCGCUAGCCCAAACAGGGCGAUGCAAUAGUUUAUAACAGUUGGUUAAAUUCACUCAUUUAGCUGCACUUUGAGACGGGUUUCUGUGCAACAUCAUCGCAGGUAUGAGCGCGCAGCCUUGGGGCAGAAAGCAUGACAUUUCUUAUUUGUUUACUAGCAGAGUCAAAGAAAAUGACAAGGAGCUGUUGUGCUGUAAACUGUACAAAUCAGCAAAACAAACGAUCAGGUGAUAUUUCGAAAAGAGAUUAUUUUGUUCAAACUUGUCAGUGGUCUAGAAAUAGAUGUUUUUGUCUCAUGAUAAGGUAACAAAAACAGCUUGUUUUUUUUUCAUGUUUAAUCUUAAAGCUCAGUUGUAAAAAUGUUCAACAAUAAUAUGAUGUGCUCUGUGAUCCAGUUUUGCGCAAACGUCAAGCACACCUUCACAAAUUUAACCUGUAAUACAGUAGGUGAGGAAAGCUUUCUUUCAAGCUUUAGUAGAUAAGAGUAAUGGAACUCAGCAGUUUGUUGUUGUUAUUAUGACAGCUCUAUAAAUAGAGUAUUCAUCGAUUAUAUGAGACAAGCGAGCUCAUACAACAGAGGAGUAGCAGAAUAAAGGCAGACGACGCUUCCUGUGAUCUAAGAUGAGAAGCAUGUAAAUUAUACUGAAUAUAUUCUAAGUAGAAGAUGAGAAGGUCAAGAGCGAGGAACGGGACGAAGAAAAUAUCGAAAAUUAAUUAAGUUAAGGUCAGUCCAAGAUCAUUUUCUUGUCAGCCAUUCUACCAAAACCUCAGUUCAACCUCUGACUGGGUCUGUUAGUAAAACUAUGAAGCUACAGCAGCAGUUUUGUCGACUCCAUCCAUUUUUUAUGCCCUCUUUCUGCUCCUUCCCCCUCAGUUAAAAAAACAAGUUUGUAUUACAAGUAAGUUCAAUCAGUGUUUUGUCGACCCUGUUAACUCAUCCGUUGCUAUGGCAACGCCGGCCCUAUUUAGUUCCUGCACCCAUGUCACUUCUUGUCUCCCUGGUAACACAAGAAAAAUCAGGGUGGGAGCGCCAUGCCUUAAGACGUUUCCAUGGCAACACAACACCAGUCACUGCUGUAUGAUUCCCAUAGCAACACUCUAUAAACACCAUAUAAACACAGCUGGAUUAUUAUGACGCAAAAAAAAUAUGCACGUUGAGUAUGUUGGAAAAAUUUCACCUUAAAAGGUUUUGACAUGUUUCAUAUGAAGGUUAGAUCAUGUGACUGUAUGACAACAGCUCUGUACUUGUUUACAAGUAAAAUAUGUGGGUUUAUUUUUGUAUCAGGAUGUAGCUGAGAAUAAUGUUAUCACACUAUGAAUUAAGUGCACACCAAUGCAAGUGUGACAACUCUGACUCUGCAGCCCCACACUGCUGCACUGUAGGCCAAAAAUAUUCAGAUCCAGACAAAAAUUAAGAAAAAUAUUUAGCUUGAAUGGCAUUGUCAUUCUGUCUUUAUUCAAAGCUAAGUGUGUGUUGUGUUUGUGUGUCCAGGUAUCUCUUGUACCUCCAGCUGAAAAGAGACAUCUACCAUGGUCGCCUCCUCUGCCCCUUUGCUGAAGCUGCAUACCUGGGAGCUUGUAUCGUACAGGGUGAGCACAAUGACAAGCUUGUGUCAGUUUAACAUGUCACAGUUAAAAUCAUUUUUUCUUUUAGCUCUAUGGCUUAAAUUUAAAGCUUUGCUGCAUUGUCACAACAUCUAAAAACACACAAUCAAACUGACACAAUGUUAAGUGUUGAUGUAGCAGACUCCUGAUACUUUAACAAUUAUUUUAAUGUGUUAAUUUUAGUCCCAAACAUUAGGUCCAUCCUGUUUUACAUGUAGGUAAAUGAUUUUAGACUUAGACUCGUGCUGCAUUUGAGUUACCUCGGAAGUCAGAUGUCCGAGCUGAAAAUGACGUCACACCCAAGUUACUGAAAGUUAUUUUAGCACUUGCCUUCUAUUGGGACAAGGCAAGCUUAUAUUCGGACUAGGCAAGCGCUAAAAUAACUUCCGUAGAUGAAGCCAUCUUGUUUCCACCUCUGAUUUUGCUUUUUUCCGACUUUGUAACUGAAACGUUGGUAAAUUGGGUGUGACGUCAUUUUCAGCUCGGACUUCUGACUUCCGAGGUAACUCGAAUGCAGCAUUAGACCUUGACUUAUUGAUCCCUAUCUCUUACAUAUCUGAGUGUGUACUUAACAAAUUCUCACUCUAAAGCUAUUUUAUCUUUUGAUUUGUGCUGUUAAAGAUUUAAUUGCUCCUUCUGUGAAACCUAAACUAAACCUGAAUAAUCCACCCUGAUUGUCUGGUCUCUGCCUCAUUCUCUAGUUACAGCUCAGACUCGUGUUGUUAACCUGCACUUUAAAACAUCUCAACAUCUAUAUACACCUCUGGGAAGGGGGAUAAUGCAAAUUUCUUCCCCCUUCGAUGUAUUUAGACCUUGAAUCACAGUGUAAAGUGACUUGCUUCAGUAUGGAUUAAGAGUGGAAUUAGCAGAGCUUUAUCGUAUAAAUGAACCCUUUUGGUUUACACAUGAACCCCUGAACCAUGCAGACACUCUCUGAUUGGCUCAAUUCCCCAGAGAACAGAGUAUGACUGGUUGAUUUAUCUUGACCCAGAGAGUCUCUGCUACGUAUCAUUGGUCGCUUUGUUUAACAAGGGCAGGACCCACAUUGUCAGAGUGUUGAUUACAGAACAGGAGAAUAGGUUGAGGAUUACUUUUUAAUUAAACUCAGGCAUGUAUUUGAUUUAACCUUUAUUAUGCCUGCUAAUUAAAAGGGGAUUUAAAAGAGAAAUUAGCAUCUGUUAGGACUUUGUUCUUGAUUCAACAGGGGAUAUAUUUAUCUAUGUAGUUAAUGAGUUUAUUGUGUCGUGGAAAUGAUAAUUGGCCGAGUUGAAAAAAAAUCAGUCUUAAGCUUUUGUUUGAACUUGAACAACAGCAAAUAUGGGGACAAACACAAAGUUGUUGAUUUAGGUGCGAAAGAAACAGCUUGAAACUUUUGGUUACAUCCUUAACUUCCCAGUCGCUACAAACUUAAGUUGAUAAGUUAUAGUUAUCUUUUACUAGUAUUUAUUUUGUUUUAUGAAGUUACACCAAAAGCUAGUUAGCUUAGCGUUUAGCAUUUACACAUGAGGAACAAGCUAGGUUCUAUUGUAUUAUUUCCAAAAGACAUAGAAAAACUUGUGACAGACCAAAUUCUGGCACCAAGCAGCUGCCAAACAAUACAAGGAUUUUAGUCAGACAAUUUUAGGGUUGCAGUUAGGAAGAUUUUGAAGAUUUAUCCAUCUGCUUCCACCCUGCAUAUUGAGCUACGCUAAAAAUGAGCUAAAAUAGCUCCACAUUUACAAUAUUGGCAACUGUGUAAUAUCAAUGUGUUCAUCUAGCUGUCAACCACAUCAGAAAUUAUAUCAUUUCGUGAAAUUAUGAGGCAUUGACAAUAGUUUCUAGUUUUUGUUAAACCUUUUUUGAGACAUUGCCUUUCCGACAUCCCCCUCUGUUUGCAGCUGAGCUUGGGGACUACGACCCCGAAGAGCACCCGUCAGACUACAUCAGAGACUUCAAGCUGUUCCCAAAACAAUCCCUCAAACUGGAGAGGAAGAUUAUGGAAAUACACAAAAAUGAGCUCAGGUAAGACAUGUUUGCUGGUUUGUUUAAUGGGCUUCUUUGUUGUCUGGAGCUGCAUUGCUGUUAUCAGAUAAAUGAGGGAUUUUGGUGACAGGCUUGGAUCCUGAGUCUUUUGAUGUGUGUUUUCACGACAUGCUGCAGAGAAGGUUUUCCUCCUGCUAGACAAUAAAUCAUUUUGUUUAAUUCUGGCAGGAGGCAAAGUUGGAUGAUUUGCUGUUCAAGACAUAGCAGAAGAUGUUUUGGUUUGGGCAAAUGAAAGAAGAAACUUGACAUUAUUAGCAGAGGAAGGGGUAUUGUCUAGUCAAAGUUUGAGCUCUACCUUACAGUAUUAACGGUGUAAACAAAAUAAAUAAAUAACUUAACCCUGACUAUAUCAAAUCAAUCUUUUUUGGGGUUUUCUAAACAGAAGAAAUGACUUUGGCUUCCUUGCAGCUGCUCAGACAUGGUAAACAUCUGAAAACCCUUGCAGCUCCUCUCCUCAUUGUGGUAGAAAUAGUUCAGGUACAGGAAUUAAGACUAAUGUUACGUUAUUGGAUUUUUUUUCUGUUUACUUGUAUCAUUCCUGCAGCUCAUGAAUGAUGGUGUAAGGUUCCUGAGUGUCACACUUACAGCGAUUUCAGAACUUCAAAGACAAAUUCCUGCAGCACAGUGGCAGAUCAUGCUGAGUUCCCACUGGUGGUCUGUCAGACAGGAUUAACAUGUAGAUUAAUACUGAUGGAGACUUCAGGUGGUUUAAAAUUAGAUGAAGUGGAAUUUAUGUCCGUGCCUGGCUGUUUAUCUUAGCUGUCAAGCAGAUCUUUGCUGUGUCUUCACAUGGAGACGGUCUGUUUUGCAGCUCUGGUGAAACUAUCGCUUUUCCAUAUAUUGCUGUGUGGUGCUAUUUAAAUUUGAAACUGCUGUCAUUCACAAGAAAUAAAACAUAAACAACAUUUUAACCAGAUUUAUUCAUCUGUGAAAUUAUAAAAUUGUUCAGUUAUUGACUCACAACACUGUCAUUAUUUUGUAGUUUUGCGGCAACAUCUAACGCAAUGAGGACAGAUUCAACUGACUACCUCAAACAGACAGACAGGAAGUGACCUAUGUCCUCAAGCAUGACAAAUACACAUCCAAAUAAAGUUCUGCCUGACACUAUGCCUCGAAGGCAACACAAUAUGAAGCAACUAUCUAUUACAUGUACACUGACAUUGUGGCUUUCUCUUAUGGCCUGUUACUGUCAGCUGUUCAGUGCGGGUAAUAUCAGAGUUCAAGGACACUGAGCGGUAGAUACGAAAAAAUGAGAUGAUGGUAACACAGUGAAUCAGGGUUCAGUCUCAGCCAGCACUGGGCUGCUUGUAAAAACUGGAUAUAGAUCAUCUUCAGGUUGUAAGUGUCAAUCAGAUCUAUACAGAGGCAUCAAAAUUACAGCCUAGUUUCAAAUAUGAACUAUCUGUUGCUCUGUUUAUAAUCUCCUCUCCUCCUUUGUAGGAGUCAGUGUGCUGCCUCUGCAGAGUUGAACAUGCUCCAAAGAGCUCACAGCCUGGAAACAUAUGGAGUGGACCCUCAUCCGUGCAAGGUAAUGUCAUCGAACACUUACUCACAGCCUGUCUCUGAGGCCUGGUGCUGCAGAUCUCUUUCUUCAUGUCAGAACAGUUUUUAUCCACACCUCAGUAUUUCCCAUGACUCAUUAUAGAGGUCAUUAAGCUUGUCAGGGUCUCCCUUCUUUAAUGUAUGACAUGCAUUUUAUUCAUGUGCAUUAGGUUAACUCAGAGCGUGAAUAAGCCUUCAUUUUCACUGAAGUCCAUUUGUGUUGUCUGGUAUUCAAUUUUUGAGCAUGACUGUAACAAAGUAGUAGAAGUGUUUUUGCAUUUGUCCUUCACUUGUAUAUCAAAUAGACAACCAUGCACAUGAUGACUGUACUUUCUGGACUGUAAGUCGCUCCAGAGUAUAAGUCCAGCCAAAAAAUACACAAUGAAGAAAAAAAAAACAUAUAUUAUUUGCACCUGAGUAUAAGUUGCAAACCCAUCCAAACUAUGAAAAAAGUGUGAUUUAUAGUCCGGAAAAUACUGUAUCUUACUAGAAUAGCAAAAAUUGUUAAAGGUGCUACACAACUAAUGACAUAUUUCAGUCAGUCGACUCACAUUGUGUUGAUGAAAACUUAAUUUCAACAGCAGGACAUAUUUUUCUGAUUGGCGUCAAGGCUCCAAACCUCAUCACUUCUUGUAGAUUGACUUUGCAUGCAGAAAAUGAGAAGGGAUAACUUGAUAUUUUGAAUCCCAAAUGGUCAGAAAAUGUGGGUAGCUGGUGCGGAGGUGAAGGGGCUGAAGGUUUAAACGCAGUAUAUGGUGCAGGAAAGCAGUGGCACUUGCAAAGCAGAGGCAGAGACUGGAAGUCUUGCGCCUUAAGUAACCUAACCUGGUGGAUACUUGUCAGGUGAUUGUGAGAAUGGUCAGAAGUCGCUUCCAGCAAGUCAAUACCAUUCAUCUUUUCAAAACUUGGAAUUUUCUCCUGGUGUUUUUCUUCUAAUAUUUGACAGAAGGGACAUACUAAAUCUGAUAAAGAAAAGCAAUAUUCUACAAUCUGCUAUUCUGUUCAGUCGGCCAAGUCAGACUGCGAAAUAUGGAUCCCAUCCCAUGUACAGAGCAGUCAGCCACGCAGAUUAACCAGAUAAUUCUGUCUCCUGGAGAGGAUCCCCUUUAUCUGCUCGGCCCUAUCUGCGGGUUUGUUUUUCAUUUGGUUUGCUGACUGAAAAGCAUUGUGCACCGAGAUCUGUGAAAAUAAUGGAAUCAAAAGAUGUAAGCAAGUAAGGAAAUGUGGGGAGCACAGAGAGAUAAAAAAAAGUCCAGAAGGGAGAGGGGAGGAGGUCUGUGGCUCAUGAGCAAUACCUUCUUGCACAGAACUUGGUACCCAGUACAGCAAAUGGGGGUGUGUGACAAAACAGACAGGUGAUUAUGCUGCAGGUGUCUUUACCGUGGUGAUUAUUGACAGCCCACUUACCGCCCUGCUGUCAAAACAAUUGUACCCUGUGACGCCACAUGCUGCUUCUUACCCUGCAUAUGUGUUUUUGUGUGUUUGCAGGAUUUCACAGGCUCCACAGCCUUCCUCGGGUUCACAGCCACGGGUUUUGUUGUCUUCCAGGGAAACAAGAGGAUCCAUCUCCUCAAAUGGUACAAAAUUUGUCACAAAGAUUGACCCAUCAAUAAUUUCUCUUCACAGCAUUUGGAAUGAAGCACACAGGGAUGUAAACUUCAAUCAAGUGUGGUCAAUAACUAGAGAUGCACCGAUCCAUUUUUUUCCAAUCCAAUCCGAUACCUGGGCAGAGCAUAUCGGCCGAUAUCCAAUUCCGAUCCAAUACUACUUUUAAAUGAAUAAACUGUAUACCUUUCCCUGUAAGAGAAGGCAUCAGGCUUGACAUUAGCCUUUUAAAAAAAAGGUUACAAAUUAACACAGAUAUAAAUUUAUUUAUUUUGAAUAAAUUAUUUACUAACAAUUAACAAAUUGCACGUUAGCACACAGCAAAAAGAAGCAAGACUUUUAUGUAUUAAAAGAAAAAUUAAUUGCUGGAACAGAACAAAGGUUUGGCAUCAUUCAUCAGAUAUCCGAUCCAGUUAAUUUGCCAAUAUCGGAGUUGAUAUCUGAUCCAAAUAUCAGAUCAGUGCAUCCCUAUCAAUAACUGCAGAUAAUUGAAUUGUUUACCACAAAAACAAUUUGGAGUUUAAGUUGCGUGUCUUUAGUAAAAAUCAACUGAACCUUUAGUCAUAAUAUGCCAAGUAAAAUCAACCUUAACUUGAACUUAAAUACUGCACUCGGACAAAUAUAAGGGUUAAAUUUUACCACUGUUAUCAAAUUAUUGAAUUUCCCCUCGGGGAUAAAUAAUAUUCUUCUUAUCUUAAACACAAAAGGUAAAACUUGUUCUUUUUUUAAGUUUUAAAUGCCAAGUUCAGUUUCUGUUUCCCCUCUAAAAUCCACCAGAAUGUCCUCAUGAUUGAAUGUUUUGCAGGAACGAUGUGAGCAAGCUGAAGUUUGAGGGGAAAACCUUUUACGUCAUCGGGAUUCAGAAAGAGGUGAGCACAGUGUGUCUUCCUGCAUGCACAGUCCUCUCCAAGGGUAAAAGACUCUAAUUUAAUGUGUAGUUUCCUCCACGGAUGAUGAACUGUGAUGCCUUGUACUAAACUGCAGCAUGCCCGUGGUCUUAACCUUUAACGUUUGUGGAGUUUUGCUAUUUUGGAGAAAGAACAAAAGGUCAUGACUUUGAAGUAGACGCACAGUAGGACUCUAUGUACUGCAAUUAUUCUCUGUUUCCUUCCUACUUCCACAUGUGUAACGGUUACAUCAGAUGAAUGUGCUAAACAGUUUGUCUGUGUAAUCCUGUCCACCAUCAGACACACUGUAUAUAUAUGUGUGUGUCACUGUUUCAGAUCUCCUUAACAGGCAGGAUUCACUGUAACAGGAUGGUGGGUGUGUUACAACUAACCGCCUCGCUCACAUUCAGUGUCCACUGUGGCCCAAAUAUGAGACUCCUUUAACACAUCUAUGCAAGCACAUGUUCAUCAUGCAUAACAGAUAAGCUUAAUAAUAACACAUCGAUGAAAUAGUCACUUGCAAUGCAGGUUUCUUGCAUUUGGGACCCAGGCUUCAUUUGUGCAAUCAUGUUUGUCAUCUAAUUUUGAGUUUUGGUAGAUUCUGAGCAGCCGUUUUUGUCUUUAGCAAAGACUGUCUUUUUUCCCUAUGAUGUUCUUCCCAGACAAUAACCAUAACGUAAAAAAAAGUCUUUACUUCAGCUAAAGCCAAGUUGCUCUUUAAUCUACCAAUCAGCCAGCCAACCACCCACAUAGCUCCUCUUUUCAUUUCACAGGCUCAAACUAGCUCUGUCAUCUCUGCUUAACCUGUCAGUCUGUCUGCCUAUUUGUCUGUUUUGCGGCUCAUGAGUGGCUGAGGAUGCAGUUUGAUCUUUGUGUUUCUGUCUCUUCUCUCUGUGUGUUAACAUAGUCAUCAAUGGUAAGUAAAUACAAGUAACGAUGGAAGCACAAAACAUUGUUGUACCAGAAUCCUUAAAUUUGAUGCCUCUGUCCACAGUCCUGCUCUCACCUCACUUUAAAACUGGGGGACUCUUUAUCCAUCUCCACUGUUUUGCUAUUUGGUUGUUCUGUGUUGUGUGCAUCACUGUUUGUCAUAUUAUUUUGUGAAACACUUAUUUGCAAGUCAGCUCAAAUAGUGUUUGGUUACAUUUUCGGUUAAUAUCUGUUAUCUAAAUAGCCUCAUAAACUGACUAAACUUAAGUUCAAUUUAGGGAUAUCACAAAAUAAAGGCCUGUCUUUGUAAUUUGGACUAUAUAGGAAUUAUUUUGCAAUUGUUUAUUUUUCUGAUCAUACAAUUUCAUUCAUUACAAACAACCUAUAAUGUCUGCUUUCAUUUACUUGGGAAGAAGCAUAUAUGAAACAACAUGGCAGGUGGAGUUUUAUGACCUGCUGUCACAUGCAGAGAUAAACAGCAACUGCAGCCAGAGGAGGGCAGCAUAUUGAAACUUCGGUAACACUUUAUUUGAUGCCUAUCUCUAUAACGCGUUACAAAUAUAUGUAUAAUGUGUUAUAAUCACGUUAUAGCACUGUAUAGCUAUAGUUAUAAGCACUCAAAUAUUAUCAUAAUGCUUUACAGCAAUAAUCAUAACAUUAUAAAGCGUUUAAUCAUGACUUACAAAGUCAGGUAUUAUGGUGUGUUAUAACUGUUAACAUGUCACUGACAAUGCCCACAGAGAUGACGCGAUGCAACUGUUGUUAACAGUUAUAACACAUUAUUAUACCUGACUUUGUGAGUCAUGAUAAAAUGCUUUAUAAUGUGUUAUGAUUAUUGUUGUAAAGUAUUAUGAUCAUUUAUGAGUGUUUAUAACUAUAGUUAUACAGUGUUAUAACGUGAUUAUAACACAUUAUACAUAUAUUUGUGAUGCGUUGUAGAGAUAGCUGUCAAAUAAAGUGUUACCAAAACUUCCAAAACAUUUGCCAAAAGUACUCAGGGAGGAGGAAAAAAGUCUUGUUUAGAGAAGAUUAAUGAUAGAUAAGAAUUUAUUAUAGUAAGAUUAUCCCAUCAAAGCAGCACUGAAAAAUGGAGAGAGCUGCAGCGCUGAUUUAAGAAUUACCUUUAAGUUUACCAGAGAUUAUUCAAAACUUGAAUGAGAAAGACAAUAUUACAUGCUCAGAGGUGCUUCAGCUCGCAGGGAAAAAUAGACAAAUGAGGAGUAGUCUGUGUUUUGUGUGUUAGCAGUGAUUGUCUUUGCUCACCAAAUCUUUGCCUUUCCUAUCUUUGUGAAUAAAGUUCACAUUUUAAAAUGUAAAAUGAAAAAUAAAUCUGGCUAUCCCAGCCAUCAGGAGCAGAUAAAUACCGGUAAUGAGUGUCAGCUAAAAAUAAAAAAAUCACCAUGCUUCCCUCUUUAUAUUACAUAUUUUACCAACUACAUUACAUGACCUUAAAAUUUGUUAUUUCUUAUUUAUUCUGUCUUUUGUGCAUUUGUGUGUCUGUAUACUUUAUUUAGAUUUAGAUCUUUCAUUGUAUUUCAUCCAAAUCUAAGUUACGUGUUGAUAUGUGGUUUGUUAUAAGUUGUCCACCAUUUGACGGAUCACUGCAUGACUUCACUUUUCACCCUCACUAAUGUUAUUUGUCCUGCAACACAUGAACUAAACCGUCCCACUUUGACCUGAUAGCUAUUUUUAAAUGGCUUUCUUUCUAUUUCACAUGCUUCAGAUGUCUUUUCAGUGUUAGUUUAAUAAAUCUGAUGGUCGAAAUCAAAGUUUUUUUUAAUGUUGCACCAGGGGAUAGUCGUGGAAAACAAGCCUGUUAAUCAAAGAAUUCACCAUCAAGCUGCUCGUUCUUUCUUUUUAGAUACUUUUACCUUUAAAUAGUCUGUGUAAUAAUAAUGAAUGAGAUGAUAAAUUGCUCACAUCACGCUUUCAGAGCACGCUUACAUGUCAGCCAAAGUGGGACCAGAAAGAGUUUGUGAAUAAUAGUUAAACAUGCAGCUCAGGUACAAUCACACACAUGACCACUGCUGCACAUGUGUGUAAAUCACUACACAAAAGUAACUGAUGUGUGACCGUGAGGGGGCUGAGCAAUGCUGCUGACUUCAGGAGAGAGAGAGUAAGAGGUUUUUUGACCAGCUAAUCUUCCUCUUUCUAUAUAGAUAUGACUUCAGGCUAAGUCUGAUCGUGGUUGUUAGUGUUACACGAUUCAUCCCUCCCAUGAUAUUGAUCUCUGUGUUUCCUCUCUCUCCCUCACCCUCCUGUAGAGCAACAUUGAUCUGGUAUCUUGUAUCACCAGAGACAGAAGUGAAAACUAGACAUUUACAGGAAUACAUCCCCCCUCCUCCUCCUCCAUAAAGACAAAAACGUGUGUUCUGCAGGUUACAAGCUCUUUUACUGCUGAACACUGUGGCCAAAUCACUAUCUGUCUAACAUCCUGCUAAGCUUACCACUUUGGGUCUUUGGGUCAGCACUUUGCCCAGCUUCCUCUCAUCGUGUUCAGCACUCCUCUUGUCCUUAUUCAUACUUUUUUCUUCUUCUCUGUUUUAAAUCUCGUUUCUCAUCCUUUCUGUCGCCCCCUCUCUCUCUCUCUCUCUCUUUGUGUGUCUCUCUGUUUUUGUCCUUUUCUGCAGAAGAAACUGGUGUUGACAUUUCACACCUCAACCCCUGCAGCGUGUAAGCACUUAUGGAAGUGUGGGGUGGAGAACCAGGCCUUUUACAAGUACGUCAAUACGCGAGCACACAGAGGAACUAACACACGCCUCGACAUAUUAAGCACAUAUAUUCACCUGUCAAUGACUCAGCUGACACUGUGCGUCAUUUUGACACCCUAGAUGGCCCUUUAUCUAUAAAAACAAGUUGAAAUUUGUUUGUAGAAUUAUUUAAAUUUAAUAAACUGUUUGUCAUUCAUGAAGAUGAAGCAUGAAAUGCCACAGAAGUAACACAAAAUGUACCCAAGGUGGCACUGGUGGAGUUGAUUGCUGCUUGUCUCACAUACUGUACAUCUAAAUGAAAUCUAUUUUUACAGUUUCUUAGCACUGCUGUCACCCUCUUUUGUCUUUUUUAAAUUCAAGCACUCAAAACCUCUCCCUGGAAAUUCACUUCCUCUUUGAUUUGUAGCACAUUAUCACCCUCUCACUCUCGUCGCCUGUCUCUCUGUGGCUUUAAUCUGCUGCUGUCCUCACUGUGGAGCAGCUGAUCGCUCCAAGGCCAUAGCUCAGGCUAUUGACUGUCUAUCGACACUGCUGAUGUGUCAAGAAUGGAAACAAGCUGAGGGUGGAGGCAAAAGUGACAGAAUAUAGACUUUUUUUCUCCUAAAGUCAAGGUUGUUGUAGGAACUUGAAGAAAGGCCAUGAAUGAGCUCAGGUCUCAGUCAAGGUCUCAUAAGGAUACAAGAAAAGUAAUUCAUUGUGCAUUAAAGUCACACAAUAACAGACAAGGAGGUUUCAGACCCAUAAUCCUUUUCAGCGUGUGGUUCCAGUACAGUUUAAAAAAAAAGAACAGUUCUCUUGUGGUCUGCGCUGAACACUUUUGCUGCGUUCCAGUUACCUUGGAAGUUGGAGCUGGGAAUGGCGCCACACGCGAGUUGACAGUGUUCUAGUAAACAAGUUGGAAAACCAAGAUGGAUGUUUAUUGUUAGCCGUUGUUAGCUGUUGUUUACCAUUGUCAGUUGUCGUUAGCUGUUGUUAGUUAUACCAGUUGUAAACAACACAUAACACAGUAUUUUACUCUUACAAACACCAUAGCACCGUGUUCACAGAUAGAUGUUGGGUAGUACAACAUAUACCACAUAUUUAAUUUCACAAAAACAAAACAGAGGUACUAAUAAAUAAUACAUUACGAGAGCUUUCACUGUUGUCCUUUACUGUUGAUGCACUGCGCUGCCAUAUUGGAUUAUGACGUUGUCGUCAAGUCGGGGUUGGUGAGGAUCGUCUGACUUUCCGAGUCAGAAAUCCGACCUUAGGGGGGCGUUCCAGAUGCAUUUCUGACUCUGAGCUCGAAAAUUCUGACUUCUGAGUACAACUGGAACGCAGCAUUUGAGACGAUUUGUUCAUGUAUAGACAUCAACAGAUGACUUUGUAGCUUUUGGAGGUAUCUGCCAAAUUUUGGGACUUUUUUUUAAGGGACUAAUUUUGGUAUAUUACAAUAUACCCAGCGGUCAGUUAGGGGACACCCUUCUUCUCAGUGUGUGAUUCUACAUUUGUACGUUUUUGUGAUGAACCUAUUAUAAAAAGAGAUGAUGUGUGAUACUCAAUAAACUAUUCAGUUUAUCACUAAGCAAAAAUGUUUGAGUUUAGUUAGUUGUGGCCUUGUAAAUAUAAAAACCUACUGUAUAUUCAGUGGAAUAUCACAUAUGCUGAUGUCUCUUGAGGCUUUAUAAAAUUGUAAAACUGUAAUGUAAGCCCUCCAUGAACAGAAGCAAUGACUAGGGAAAACUGUUGGACACAAACAAAUAAAACAAAAGAGGAUAUUUAUAAAUUUAUACAUGUGAAAAUGAAGACAACCUGUAAAAUAAUGGACUUAAAUACUGUGGGGGAGUUAUGAGUCUACACUGAGGACCUGCAAAGUGUGCAGCGUGGAGAAGAUGCAGAAUAGGAUGAAAAGGACUGUUGGGGGUAAAGAGUGGUCAGGUUUAAUGUAGGAGGUGAAGUUUGACACAAUAAGAAGGCCAUUAUGUGCUUCUCAGUGCCUACCCUCCCCCAGACUGUCAAUCACUCUGAAGGUCCACUCCUCUCUCUUUAUUGCAGCCCUCAGGUUCACACACACUCUCUUUUAAACAUAGUUUUCUUUGAUUGUGUGAUUUUCUUUCGCUUUAUUCCGUUUCUGCUUCUCUAAACCUGUUUUCUCUGCAGAUUUUGCGCCAUAUUGCUUUAAGAAUCAGUCAAAAAGAAGACGUAGUCAUAAAAGCUUCCUGCUAGCCUGUGCCCGUAUAAUCCUGCAUAUUGACUUAAUGACAGCAGCUCAUGUUGCUCUGAGAGGCAGUCGGGGAGGGAGGGGGAUGUCAUCUGGGAUGUCAGACAAGCAUCAGAGCAGCUUAAUCAAAUCAAAGUGAAUUGAGUUUGUAAAUGGCAGCCAAGCACAGCUUUGAGAAGAUACUGCAUGUCUCUCUCUCUCUCUCUCUCUCUCUCUCUCUCUCUCUCUUACACACUCACACACAUAAACACACACAUAAGAGGACAGGGGUGGACCUACACACUUUGAAACAUCUUCCUCUUUUGUUUACAAAGAGUCUAAUCUGGGCUCUGCAGACCACCUUAAAGAAUAUUAAAAGUAUGUUAUAAGAGGAGUGACAGUAUCAAACAGAAACGCAGUGGGCCUGUCUUUAUUCUGCUGCGUCUUUGUCAUGAUGACAUUUUUUCUUCUCCUCCUCCUCCUCUCUACCUUCUGACAGGUGUGCGAAGUCGAGUCAGAUAAAGACAGUAUCCAGCAGCAACAUCUUCUUCAAAGGCAGCAGGUUCAGAUACAGGUGAGACUGUAUUCAAGUUAGUUUUCAUAAGAGUGGGCAGACUUUGUUAUCCUGAGAAAGAAGUGACGGUAAAAGAUGAGUAAGGUGAGUUCAAGGAAAGCAGGGGGGGGCGGAAAAAAAAGUUGAUCCCAUGAAAGAAGGAGAUUCAGGAGACGUGCGAAUGACAACUAAAGGGAGACACAAAGAUAUUAAAUCAUAUUUAAUCUCACAAAAGAUUUUAUGCAAAUGUACCCACAGUUUACCAGCAGGUCAACUCUUACUUCUACAAGAGAUUCUUGACAUCAGUAAUUUGUGGUAAUUUACGACAAAAAUUCCCCACAGGAGCUGUUUAAUUAUAGGGACUGUUGUUUCAGUUUGAGAUAUUAACACACCCCUUUGAGCAAAUGUUUCCUAAUUUUCCAUCAACACACUGCACAAUCUCAUCUCGGUGCAUCACAGUCUAAAUCCAGCUCUGUUCCUGUGAUUUACUAACCCUAAUAUUGGAGGAAAGCCUCUGCAUGAAUCUGUUAUUGAAGCCGUGUAUUCCCAGAUCCUCUUUUCAGACAAAGCUCUUCACCAGGCUCACUCUUCAGUCUACUACAUUUCAUCUGUUUGCCAAAGCAGACAGGCUUAAGGGCUCAGCGAUGAGUAACGGCAUACUGCAGAGUUUGUUCUGAAAUAUGAGAUAUGUACAUUUGUGCACAUGCAAACAGGAGAGAGAUUUGUUGCUGACAAACGGAGGGAGUUGUCAUGGAGCGGUGCGGAUCACAUCUUCGUCAGAUUUGUGUUGGACCAGCUGAUAACUUAUCAUCACGCUAUAUUUCAACAAACUGCAGAGCAGCAUUUUUCAAGAACACCCUUGAAGCCUACUCCUCCAGAUGUUUCAUUUCCCUCUGUAAUUUACGACCCAACCAUCAAUCUCAGCAACAAUAGACUAAUAGGUGGGCUGGUGGAGCCCGCUGGCUUGAAACAGAGCAGUCAGAGUCCAGAAACAUCAACUGCCCAACAAUCAGAGUAAUGGAGCCACCCACCCUGCUGACAGGAACCAGCCUCCUCAGCUGCAUGAAACAGCUCGGGCUGUGAGCAACAAUUGAGAAAAUACAUGUUUGUGUUUGGUUCAGUGUUGUAUAGUAGAGAAGUAAGUAAGUAGCAAUACUUAAGUACAGUACUUGAGUAUAAUUUUGAAGUAUCUGUACUUUACUGGAGGUUUUUUGUGCAUGCGACUUUUACUUUUACUUGACUACAUUUCUAAAAAUCAAAGUUUACUUUUACUCCACUACAUUUCACAGAAGCAUCUUCGCUACUGCUAUUUUUACUUCGUUACUAUGACAGUAGGUAGCAAAUCAACAUUACCUAAUGUUGAUUUGCAUUGCGCUUGAUCAUCGUCAGGCAGUCACUCAAGCCCGGGCAUGUCGGCAGCUGCUUGUAGGUUGUGCAGUUGCUUGCACUCACCUGAAUGUCCAGUAGCUGUUUUGAUGGUUCUCAUGGUGCCCAACUGGUGUCCUAAGUUCUUUGACUGUUGGAGGAUGCACUAUUGUUUCUCCUGAUCAGUGUUGUAAUUAGGGGUCCGUCCAUCCGUCCAUCCCUCCCCUCCUGUUUAUUUUUCUAAGCGGUUGCUUGCACGCACCUGAAGUGUGUGCUUAUUUGGGCAUAAGAGCCUUUGAAAAAAAAAAGGACAUACUUAUUUAUACUUUGUCUUUGACUUUUUACUUUUACUUGGAGUACAUUUACUUUGAGUACUUUUUAUACUUAAGUAGAGAGAAUGUGAUAUACUUUGAUGCGAGUAAAAUUCUCAUGGGAGACUUUUACUUUGACUGAGUCAUUUUCUGGUAGAGUAAAUAUACUUCAACUCAAGUAUAUUUGUUUAGUACUUCAUACAACACAGGUUUCAUUUCUGUCCAAGAUCUACCUGUCAAACUAGAUGGUGAAUUUGAAAAUUUGAAACUUUAAACAACCCGUGUCAUACAUUUUUGUAACUUCUUUCAUCAGGCUGUGUUUGAAAAUAAAGAUUUUGCGGAUCUACGUAUAUAAAGUGCACAAAGGAGGUUAUUGUCUUUAUGCAAAAGUUAUCUUGUGUGUAAAACCUGUGACCCGAAGUAAAGGUGAUGAUUUUGAUCUUAUGUGCACCGAUUAUGCAAUGAUUUCAUGAUCAUCAUUUAAUAUCUUGUGCUCACAAGAAAACAAUCUUGUGCCUAUGAGUUCUUAUCUUCUGUGCAUAAGCAAAAUGGACAUUUUUAUUUCCUUUGUUUGUUUAUUCACAAGAUAUUAACUUGUGAGUUCAAGUUACCAACUCGAACAUGAGAUAAAUGCUGUGUACAGUAUGAAAACAACCCCCUUAUGGGACUUGUGGGGCUCUGUGGCAGUAUUAAAAAGGAUGAAAAAAUAUGCUAAUGACAUUUUGUUAAACAGUUGCACUCUUCUGUCCGUGUACUAAUUAUGUGUUUCUCACUGUUAAAGUGGAAGAGUAGCAAAGGAGGUGGUAGAGGCCAGCUCCAAGAUUCAGAGAGAGCCACCAGAGGUGCGCAGGUAAGAAAAUGACAAAUCACCUGCACUUGUUCAAAAAGCUGCUGCCUGUUCCUUCUUUGCAUUAAUGAACCCUUCAAACGAGCAGUCUUACAUGAAAUUACAAAACCAAAUGAACAAUUUGUGGAGCUGAGAAUGUGAAAGAGAGCUUAACCUAAAAUCAUAUGAAUAAACAACACGCUGACAUGAGAAAGCACUCAGAUAGUUAAUGUUUGUGUUUUCAGAGCUCAGUUUGGUCAGAGUCGAAGCUUUAACUCUCUGAGCCAUAAAAACCUCAUCAUGAACAUGGAGCCGCUUGUACCUGCUCUGCCCUCCACCAACGAGUACGAGGAGACAGCCACAGACAACGGUAGGAUGUUACUUAAGACACACACACACACACACACUCUUCUGCCCUUCUGUCACAGGCCCCCCUGGGAUGUCACAUGGGGUCUCCCUUGUGUGCAAAGAAGCUCAUGUACAGGCGUCAGACCGAAAGCUUUAAUUGAGCAGCUGAUGCUCCCAUUCCUCCAUCACACUUGUCCCCCUGGAGACAUCAAACCCAGUACGCUAAAAAUACCCCUCCCAUGAUCCUCCCUGAGUUUACCACCACGCCUGUGUGUUUGUAUCUGUCUUUUUCUGUCUUUUUGUGUGUUUAAUCAAAAAACAGACCCAUCUUUUGCUUUUACGAUGGAGUGGUCAAUGAAAAGCAACUUGUUCUGCUCAAUCAAUUCAAUCUGUUUACAUUCCUGCAGGCUUCUGUGUUUAAAAGAGUGUUUAAAAAAUAUAAAACGUGCUUGAAUUUUUCUUCUUAUCAUGUCACUAUUACGUUGUUCUCUGAGAUAGUGUUUCCCAGGAUCAUUCAAAAUUAAAACGGUGCGUGUAUUUAUAGCAGCGAGGUGUAAAUGAGGGUGAUCCAUCAGCUGGCCUGUCGACACCUGGCUCAGAGUUGGUCUUAGAUUAUUUCUUGUCCUCAUGGGAGAGAUAAAGAGAGCAGCGGAGUUACAUUAUCAAGCAGAUCAGCACUGUCCUGGAGAACCCAGUGAAGCAGAGGCUGAGUACUGUGGUACAGUGAGGCUUUUCUCCAAGAAUGCAACACAGCGGCGUUCAUUGUUUUCUCUGACGGCAUCAAUUCAGUAUUGUUUCCUGUUACAAUUUCUCUGUCUAGUUAUCUCCAGCACUCAGUAUCACAAUAUGUUAAAAAAAACUGUUUAGUCAUUUCAUAAAGGAAAAGCAGAUAGUAGGGGAGACCGGGGCUUGUUGUCACAUGGGUAAGUUGUCACAUUGCAAUUAUUUUUGCCACCAGAGGGCGCAACUAAAAUCUGGAAAACUAGUUUUCUUGCUUUACACGGUCAGUAGUCGUGUUCUGUCUGAGAAGAGAAGAGCACAUUGUGAGCUGAGAUGAGCGCCAAUUAACCAUUUCGCAUGAACCAAAGUAAAAAAAAAUUAACUGUUAUAUAUUUUAAAAUAAGCUUCUUCCAGAUAAAAAUCCUAGCAGUGAUAUAUGUGGAGUUGUUAGAGGAGAGAUUAAGGCAUCCUGUUAUACCUCAGUCAUUGUUCUGUUUUAAGCUAACUUUGAACUAGAGCUAGAAUUAGCAAACAUGGUAGUAUGGGGCAACAUGUCUCAGUCAUUUUGAGGUUAGUUGUCACAUGUUUGAAAGGGAUUAAAUUAACAUAGAGAGUCUGCUCAUCAGCAGUUGUCAUGAUGAAAUUUUGACUUUAGUUUCACAGAGAAAAGAGUGGUUUAAAGGAGAGGAGAAAGCCACAAGACGUGGUCAGGAAUUACAAAAGUAAAACAGAACAUGGCAGUGCAGUACCUGACAUGAUGCUGAGGGCAGUCAGACAGGUGACCCUCGUUAAUAAAUCAAUCUGGACUACAAUAAAGGACUUUAAUGUCGACUAUCAUACCUUAGCUCAGUACUGCAAAACAUUCACCCCAGCUGAAAUACAGAGUCAGACAGAUCUCCAAACUCCAGAGCAUGUUGCAUAAUAUUUUGUGUUAAUGUUUGUUUAAUGAUUAUGAUCAAUGAGUUUUUCUCGCUCAAUGAUAAACGUUUUCUGUGUCUGACUUUGAUGUUCACUUUCAUGUAAAAAUAAAAUGAGAACAGCGAUAAUUUGUCCUUGUUUAUCAGCUGCAAAAUCCAUCUUGCCCCACAUGAUGAAACAACUUACCCAAAGGUGGGGCAACAUAUCACAUGUUCACACUCUCUAUUUGAUUGCUUAUAACUCUGCACUGACACAAGAUAUAAAAAUGACAUGAAUAUAAAAUAUAUACCUGAGACUUGGGCUUCCAUCAUGUUUAUAUAUGAUGUAUAAAUUACAAGACAUAUAUAAGAGUGUAAAAAGUGUGACAACGAGCCCGGUCUCCCCUACAUUUCAAUACUGAAGAUGAUGAUAUUAAUAUUUUUAUAAAACAAAUCCAGUUCCAUAGUUUUGGCAGCUAAGCGAGGAGAUUUAAAUGUGUAAAUCCAAGUAAAAUGACCAAACUGAGGGUCACAUGAUCACCUCAUCUAACCUGAGCCCAUAAUAUCCCCACAUCUGUCCAUAAUACUGACCUGCUGCUGAGGUUUUUAAUCUUUUUAUGCUUAUCCCAUCUAUUUAAUUAUUCCACACCCCACAGGAACCUUUUCCUUUAACAGAGUCAAGCCCCUCCUCUUUGGACACCUUACUACUCUCCAUCUUCUCACCCUCUGUCCUUCCUUACUUCCUUCACCCCGCACAGUAACCUGAACAAUUCUCUUAAGACCUUCACACGUGUACAGCACAAUCAUGCUGUUGAGCUAUCACUCUUUCUGUGCUGUUGAUUUACGCUUCUCUCUUAACGCCUUUCCUGACAGAAUUUAUUGUCAUCCCUCCUCGCUUUCUCUACCUCUCCUUAACUGUCUGUCUUUCACUCGUCCCCUCCCCUCAUCCCAUUAAGAGGGAAAUCAAUUCUUCUUGGCUCAGGGUCAAAGAGCUGCAGCAUUAAGCAUCUCGUCUGUCUCAGUUGGUUAGUUUGGGAGGGGCAGGAGGUGCUCAUCGAAUCAAAGGCCUCAUGCGCCACAAAGAGGAUGGAGGCUGAGUAAUGACGGCCUGUUUCUUACCAUAGCUCCUCACACUGUGGUAAGAAACACUCACUGCAAAAGCCGACAUGUUGCCAAAGCAUUUUUAAACUUAUUUAUGGAUUAAAAAAUCUGGCCCUGAAUCUUCUGGUGUCCCUGCUUUUGUAACUGAAGUGAUUUGAACACCUCGAGUUUAUAUUAAUGUGGACGCCGCACCUCCAUGCUCCUCCCAUUCUUGGAUGUGAUGUGAAGCCAAACCACCGCCUUGAUGAGAGCUGGCAUGGAGCCCUGUGACGAACAUCAGAAACAAAAGAAAACACUCAUAGAUAUAAUAUCAAACAUACACAUAUCAAACGAGAAAAGUUCCUGAAAUUUGCUCCUACGCCUCUGAAAAGGAGCAGAAAUUGGUCAGGUGCGUCAAGACUAAAAUACAAGCAGGCUGCUGGCGGGAUUAUUCGGUCAUUUAAUAGCCGGUAUCACUUUGUGUUUUCACAACUGAGAGCCUCGUCAUGAAUGCCAGCCCAUAUUAGUAAUUAGCAUCUAAUGUGUACGAUGACAGGUCAUUCGGUUCAUUUGAACAGUCACUGGAAACUGCUGUGAAGACUCUGGGAUAAAGUGUCCUCGGGAUGCUCCAGGAUCCCUGUCUAAAUUCAGAGCACUAAUCUGAGCCAUGAGAGGAAGAACAGAGGGCUGACCCAAGGUCGGUGGUGACCUUGUUCUGUUUGCACAGCCUGCUCCCCUCUUAUCUCCCCAAUCCCCCCCUCUCUAAUACACACACACAGAAACCCUUAUUCAUACACCCGACUCGGGAUGUUUUAAGGGCUUCAGAUUUCAUAUUCAUGCAUCACAUUAGAGGCAUGAUGCACACUCCUGACAUUUGGCACCACAACAAAUGAGACGCCGUGAGUCAUGUAGCAAGUCCUCUGUUUUUCCUCAAGUCAGCUGCUUUAAAUUUCAAUUUCUAUUCAUGCCAGAGUGCCAGGACUUGUUUGUCUUUCAUGACAAAUCAAGAUGUGUUUGAAUAAAUGGAUUGGUGUUUGUCUGAGUUGGUCAGUGUCAAAAACAAACAGAGUGAAACAGAUAAAAGCAUCUUAAAGGAGGGGAAGGCGGAGAUAAAGUGCGACUUGCAGACAGGAACAGAAAGUGAUCCUCAUCUCAUCCAGGGUCAGGCCUGUCCCCCUGUAAUCAGAGUUAGAUUAGCUGCCCCUCUGCCAUCAGGACCACCUGGUUAUAUUUAGAAACUGCAGCUUUGGGCCUGAUCCUUCUCUAAUGCCCCUCUACUCUUUGUUAACAUCGCUGACAUUCACUGGAGGGCCCGCCAUGUCUGUAUAUCAGUGAGAGAGUGUGUGUCUGGAGCCUGUCACUCACCAUCUCUCCCUGUGUGUGUGUCCGUGCAUGUGUGUGUGUUUCAUACCCAUCACAGCCUCUGAACUCAGUUGGCAGCCCGGUCAGACUGGGUGUUGGGGUCUUGCCGCAGACAGCUGGGUUGGAGGUUUGUAAUCGCGCUGAGAGAUGGAGGUUCUCGAGCACAGAAGCAGCAGUGAUGUUGGAAGUGGCCUCAUGCAAAGCAGUUUGGACUUUGGAGUCAGCAACGAAUCCACAAUAGGUAGUUCAGGGUUACUCGGGCUGCAGGGCGAGGGGAUGGAGGAGGAACAGGCCGGGCCUCUUGAGGUUUUCCACCCAGGAGAGUCUCCAGAUGAGCGAGAGUCAUCAAUUGUAGUAGCCGAGGCCUUGCGGUGCCAAGUGAAGAUCACAACCCGGCGCAGUCUUCAUCUGCGUAUAGCCAAUCACACAGCCCGGGAUGUUUAUGUACGGCUGGUGGGACAUGGGGGUCGCAUCGCUGAGAUCAGUGCUGGACUUCAGGCGAAGACGUUGGAACAGAGUAAGACAAGUUUGCAGAGACAGAAAUACACUCAGAGUAGAAUAAUUAAGGUUUAAUGAGGUGAAUCUUUUGUUUUGCAGUUUUCAUGUUAGUUGGUUUUAACAAACUGUAUAACUCUGCAAAAGAAAAGAAAAAAAAACAGAAAACGUGAGCACAGCUUUGUGUCUGUUUUUAGAGUGGUGCAGCUUCAAACGAGAAUCCAAAUAUGAAGGGGCGAAGUGGGCAUUACAUGUCUGGGAUACUUUGGCAAAGUUGUGGGGUUACCGUUUGUUGUGGCAACCAUGUGCUGAAAACUGUCAGUGUAAUUUGUCCAACACCCUGAGACUCUCAAGAGACCUCUUUACUGUCUCUGUGUGUGAGAGAGAGACAGGGAGGGGAAAAGAGAGAGAGAGAGAGAGAGAGAGAGGGAGGGGGGUGUGCUGUAUGUUCAUCUAAUGUUUGAUUGAAUGACUCAAGAUAUUACAGUAACACUUUAUUUGACACCUAUCUCUAUAUCGCACUAUAAAUAUAUUUAUAAUGCGAUAUAAUCACGUUAUAACACUGUAAAACUAUAGUUAUAAACACUCAUAAAUGAUCAUAAUACUUUAUAGCAAUAAUCAUAACACAUUAUAAAACAUUUUAUCAUGAUUUACAAGGACAGGUAUUAUAAUGUGUUAUAACUGUUAACACUUGCUUUGCAUUAUCUAUGUGGGCAUUGUGAUAGAGUUGUUAACAGUUAUAACACAUUAUAAUACCUGACCUUUAUAAGUCAUGAUAAAAUGCUUUAUAAUGUGUUAUGAUUAUGGUUAUAAACCAUUAUGAUCACUUAUGAGAGUUUAUAACUAUAGUUAUACAGUGCUAUAACAUGAUUAUAACACAUUAUACUAUAUUUAUAAUGCGUUGUAAAAAUAGGCUUCAAAUAAAUUGUUACCAAGAGCUUUAUUUUAAGACAAUACGUCAACAGGAAAAAGUUAGCACUGGAGGCAUUUUUUAAUACUCAGAUGGUCAAUUUUUGAAUGAGACCUUUUUUUUAUCUGGAGCAACAGCAGAAGAGAGCCGCCACAACACCAAAUAAUAGACUUGAUCAUUUGUAUCUCUGCUUUUCAAACUCUGUCUUAACGUUGUUACUCCAUCUUUCAACUUCCAAACCAACCUAUUCAUCGUGAUUUAAAACCGUCUGUUUAAGAUGUCGACAUAAGGAUGUGGUGUCACUACAGUUCUCACUUUGUAAUUCUCCUCAUGUUGCUGGAGCUCAUCAAACUCAAGUGCCCUUGACCUGAACCUGAAUCCUCAUCAGGUUACAAAGGAUGCUUUACAGCUGAUCCCAUUCUCUCACUUGAAACCGUGAAGGAGGGGAUAAGAGUUAUUCUAUCACAGUAAGAGGAGUGCACAAGAGGACAAAAGCUAUCACUCUUUGAAUGGGUCGCAGAGUUCAAGUUUGCUCAAAUGGAGAUAGUUAUUUUUUUACUGUACAAUAAGUUAUCCCUCAAGUUUCAAUCCAACUUUGACCAAGUUGACCAAGGAAAUUUGGCUUGUUGUUCAGUUUACUCAAAGGAAGAGCUCCUUUCCUGUUUGAAAGUUGAGUUGAAUCCAAAAAUAUAUCCUGACGGUAUUUUGGUUACCCGAUGAGGUUGCAAGAAGACAAAUAGGUCUGUCAACACCAGCAUAACUUUGUGUAUGAGCGUGUGUAUGUGUGGGUGUCGAAGGCGCAUGAAAGCUUUUCAAGAAUCUGGCACCUUGUGGUGUGAAUCACUUCAUCUGAGGAGAGACAUGUCUCUAAACUAACAAGAAAGACGUCAGACUGGGUUUGACAAGCGAAAACAGCAGAGAAAGUGAGUUUAAUGAUGAACCUACAAAUUCUCACAGCUGACUCUAAAAUUUAAAUAACACAUUUUUUUACGAAAUAGCCUUUAUUAGUAAUAAUGUCAAGUUUGUUUACAGCAAGAAAUGGACAGCUUACAUUACCAAUUAGUAAGCUAAAGUUAUGUUCAGUAGAGAACAAGCUUAAGAAGUUUGAAGCAUCCAAAAUAACCUUUCAAAUGACCUCUUAUUGGCACAGCUGUUUCUCUCUGUAGAGUUUCUUUUAUAGCGAUAUAAAAGUGAGACCAUCAUAAAGCUCCAUGACUCAUAGCAACCUUUUUUUAUUAUUAUUCCUUUUAUAAGUCUUCCGUGACAAAUAAAGUUUGGUUUAUUUUUCUUUAUCAAAAAAAAUCCAUCUAGUGCUUUAAAAGUUGUUUAUUAGGUUUGUAAGCACUGAAAACACUGAUCUGGUUUUCCUCUGUAUCCCUUAAAUCCUAUUUUUUUCUAAACUAUCUUUUCAGCUUUGGAGUCGUAAUAUUUCCUGUCGACGCACCUACACUCACUCAAGCUCCCUUUGUGUUCAUUUUUGGAGACAUACAGGUUUAAAAAACGGGGAAACUUAAAGCAUAAAUGUUGAAUAAGCUAACAUCUGUUCAUUUAGAAAAAUAUGUGUUCCCUGAACUUAACACAGAAAGAGAACCAAACCACAUGCAGUUGAAAAAGGCUAGUUUUUUUUAAAUAUAAGCAGACACACAUGCACAGUGGAAUUUUUCAAACUCAACUUAGGAGCCCCAGCUGACCUCUGACCCCCUUUGGACUGUAUAUAACUUUGAUUCAGUCAGCACUCUCACUGAACCGUGAAGGUGGAGUGAAACUGAUCCAAGCAGAGAUUUGUUGAGAGGGAUGGAAAAACCCUGGCACACUCACCCACAGAAAAGGUUCCUCCGUGAUCCUCCCCGAUUCCACAGUGUCAGUGUAUGCGAGUUCUCGGUUUCGUGCAUUAACACGUGUUCAAAUCCAGCUGUUUUUGUUCCUGGGUUGCUUUCAUCCACAGGGGCAGAUGUAGCUGUGGUAGCACUCAGUCACCCUCGAUGCCCCCGUGGUCACUUGUGUUAGUGUGUUAGCUUACUGGCCAACUUUUUGCUCUUUAGCCCAGCUGGGAUUCAGGCUGGCAUGUGCUCUCUACUCCAAUAUGACACAUGUGUCACCAACAUUUUACAGGAGACCUUAAAAGCAUGAAAAUAAUCCAAGUUGUUUUUCUUUUCCCUCACUGAACAGUUCAGCCUUGUAUUUAGGGAGCAGAUUUGUACCGUGAGGUUAGUUAUAAUCGAUUCAGGCAACAACUAGCCAAGCCUGAUGCAAUGUUUCAGCAAAGCUACAUUCAGAUCUGCCUUUUGUUUCCUGCUCAUUUUCCUCUACCUCCAUGGGUUUUUAGUCGGUGCCCCUUUUUCCAACCGUUGCCUUUUUGCUGACUCUGUUGCCAUGGCAGCUGUCACCGCUCACCCCUCAGGUUUUCCUCUUACAUCCUUUGCGUCUUUAAAUUUUUCUCUUCUCAUUUUUGAAUCAGUCGGCAAGGUAACUGAUUAAUCAGCUUGGCCUUCAGUUUCUGUGUGCGUGUCCCUUUGAGUAAUGGAUCAAAAUAUCGCAACCUUUCUUUCCAAGCCGCCUUGUGCCAGAACUCGUGGUUACGUAACAUCUCAAAUCUUUAAACGUCCCAUUUUGUUGUCGCCUCAUGAAUAAUAAAAAGUGCAGCCGAGGUUUGACUCUUAAACUCAUGUACUUCAAGAUACAAGUAAAAGUGCGUGCGUGCGUGCGUGCGUGCGUGCGUGCGUGCGUGCGUGCGUGCGUGCGUGCGUGCGUGCGUGCGUGUAGAGUCUGGAUUAGAGAGGUGUUGACUCGCUUGGUCAUUCAUCACUGCACUCGUACUACCCUACUAAUCCACUGCAGAAAAACAGCUGAACCUGUUUUCAACUUACACACACACUUACACAGGCGUUCAUUUUCAGAUUCAUCAUGUGACCUGAAGCAUUGUUGAUAUCUGACAAACUCAUCAUUAAAGUCAACACCUCAGAGUACACACACACACACACACACACACGCACACACACACACAAAUGUUCAGUUGUCAGGCUGUGUAACAUCUGCUGGACUCGCUGCUACACUGCAUUUCUGUUAUUGUUUUGUUUCUCUUAGAGUAAAUUUAGAUCAGCCUGAUCUGACAGAAUGAUGUUAAAACUGUGUCAUGAAGUUCACCAACAUCUUGACUGUCCUCAGAGAUAUUCUUCCCCGCCAGCAUCAGUAGAACUUAUGCAACAAGACUCUGACACAAACUUGUAUCAAGCUAAUAACUCGGUUUAAAUAUGCAAACACUUGGUGUGAACAAACCGUAGAAUCGCUUCCAUUUGUUAAGGAUUAAAGUGGCACCCAUUGAGCAACAUUAGGUUGCAUAUUUUUCUGGUUCUGGCAUUAGAUUCCCUUUUCUUUGGAAACACACGAAUGCCAUCAUGUGGCCAAAGUCCUAAACUGCAGCACGUCUAAUGACAGCCUGGAGAAGCGUUUUAGGCCCAGCAGCAUAAAAAUAACUGUCUUGUGUGCGUUUGCGAACAAAGACAUUAGGGAACCUCAAAAAAAAAUUUAAAAUACUGACAACAACAAUGUUUUUACGGGGGAAAUUACAGGAGCUUCACCAGACUUAGUGAAAUGUGUUUUUUGCUGAAUCCCUAAAGUCUUGUUUAUCUGGAAAUUGGCAGUAAUGACAAAAAUUUAAAGUUAAAUCCCCUUCUUUGUCUAAAAUUGUGACGUUUUUAAAUAGACAAAAGAAAACAGGUUGGCUUUCUUUCAAAUUUUUUUGAAAAUGACAGAAACUACACAUGAUUAACUCUGUUACAUUGUGCAUUUAAAAUGUACGGUGCAAAAAACGUACUUAUCUUGCUUUCACACUUUUAAUCAGAUGUUUCUCUUGCUUUUUUACCAAUGACCUGUUUUUAUAUUCCUUUACUGUGAUAUUUCUUUGCUUUUAAGAUGUAGCCCGUUGAGGUCUCUUGACGUAAAGGGGACUACAAAUAAAGUGUAUUAUUAUUAUAAUUAUUACCAGUGAAUGUGUAUAGAGAAAUACGGUAGUAAUCAGUAGUGUCCUGCACAUGAAGUUUGAGUGAAAAAAAAACACUGUGCCAAUUGAUGGCCAAAUGUUUCCAAAACCAAAAAGCUCAUCUGUCUCACUGGUUUUAAGGACGCCACAUGAUUGUAUUUCCCCUCUUAGUGCAGGUCCUUUAGAUUCCCUCAAAUUAAUGAAGUUUCCUGAUUAAAAACAAAGUGAUCUUACAGAGAACAAUCUUUGUUUCCCCUCACCAGGUGUUGUUGCUGUGAAGGACUCUGUUGCCCUGUCUCCUCUCAAAUCUUCAGCUGCACCCACAGACACAGAGCAUCAAAACACUGACGGGGGAAACUCCGCUUCAGGCAAUGACCUGCAGCCCUCCCGGGUUUCCAUGGAAACCUCGAAUCUCCGACCUCACACGCCCAAAGCUGAAGAUGAAACAGAAGAAGACAAUGAAGGCAGCGGCCCGCUCACCAUUUCUGAGCUUGUGUACAGGUCAGUAUUAGAGGUGUAUGAAUAAGUGAAUAAAUGAUUGAAUGAAUGAGGCAAAAAUUCUUACUGUUUGAUUUCAUACUAAACUUCAUACCUAGAUUAUCUCUGUCUAUUAAAAGUCAAACAAAUCUUUAGAUUUCUCACAAGUUGACCACGUACACUGCAAAAAAGGAAUUUCAAGAAAGGAAAACAGCCUCAUAUUAAGGAAAUAAGUCUUAUUUUUUGUACAAAAAGAAUAUUAAUCUUGUCAAGCAUGUUUGGCAUGAUAAAAUUAUCUAAUUUUAAGAGAAAAUGGCUAACUUUUUCUUGAUAAGAUAUUCCAGCUAAUUUUGAGAUAGAAUAAACCAGAAAUAGAGCAGAAAAAUGUUUUACAAUAAGAUCCAGUGGAGCAACAAGAUCAUUCGUCUCAUUUUAAGAGUAAGACAUAUGUACAACUUCUCAAUUUAAGAAUGCCACGAAACAAGAACAGUUGAUAUUUUUAUUAAGAUUUCCAUUGCAGGUCAUCUGAACCUGACAGAAUCUGCUGCCUCCUACAUUAUCUGACAUAUGAAGAUGUCAGUAGGCUAGUCUGUGAAACAGACAACAUAAUACAGUGACCAGAUGAAAACUGCAACACAACAAAGAACAACAAAGAACAUGUUUGCUUUCCACAUGCUUGCUUGUGGAGUAAAAAAUAUAUUUAAUGAGAAUGUUUUGGUUUCUUGAUUUAAGACAACAUCACUUAAAUUUGCUUUGCUGUUUUAAGAAAUUAUGUCUUAUUUGAAUGACUGUCAUGCUCAUUAAUAAUCCUAGAUUCAAGUUCAUUUAUUCAAGGGACUAAAAUUCUAAUUGAAAGUAACUUCAUCUUCAUUUUUCAUCGCUUGCUGUAGAAAAAAUUAGAUUAAUAUAAGAUUUUCUGUCUAGUUUUAAGUUUCCUUUGAGUCUGUCAGGGCCAAGAAAUUUGUUCUUAUUUUGAGAAUUCUUGUCAAGCAAAAAAAACUUACCCCAUUGGCAGAUUUUUUUGCUUGAUACGAGAUUAUUUGAUUGAAUAUAAGAAUACUUUGCUUUUUUCUGGUAGGACUGUUUUUGCAGUGUAUCAUUGAUCCAUGCUUACCUCGUUACAUUUGAACAUGAGUUAAAACAUUUGUCAUAAUUAUAUAUAUUUAGAGUUUUGUCCAGCUGAUGUGAUGUUUUCUGUUGUUGUUUUAUUGUUUCCCUCUCCCCUUCAGCCCCUGUGCCAGCAUGCUACCCACCCCGGUGGAGGACAGUGAUGGAGGUGUGGACCUCCUCUUCUCCUCCCCUGUGCAGAGCCCUGCCCGGCUGCUAAGGGAGCUCCACGCCGACCCCGACAUCCAGGCCCAGCUGGAGGCUGAGCGGGAGAGAGACCGAGCCUACGAACGUACUCGGCUAGCAGCGAGAAGCAGAAUGAGUGGCGUCCUGAGCAGCAGCCUGCGCCUGCUGUCGUCCAAUGAGAGAGUCAACACGUGCGUGCUCGGCGUGGCCCGCUUCGUUGCUGUGGUAAUGGGCGUCCUGCUGGUCACUGUGCCCACGCUGCUGCUGCUGUUGGAGUCGGACAUUGAUGUGUCGUUUCUCCACGAGAUCCGCCAGACACCAGAAUUUGAGCAGUUUCACUACGAGUAUUACUGCCCGCUGCGGCGCUGGAUCCUGUGCAGGAUCAGCAUGGCCAUGGAGAACCUGUGGUCAGACUGAGGAGAGAGAGAGAGAGAGAGAAGUCACUGCAGGGGAAACAAAAACAGCCAAAUAUUUGUCUUACCAUGUAAUUCUUUUCUUUUACUCAGUCUUAACAGCAGGUGAGACUGUCUGCCGAUGAGAUGAGACAACUUUAAAGCAAACAAUUUGGACUUUACAAAAUAAAAAAAGGGAGAGGUUAUCAGGGUUUAUUCGAUUGAAUUACCUUGACACAAAUACGCUUGUUUCACCUCUUUGGCAGCACGAUUUACUGUCUUUUUAAAAACAAGAGACAGGAAAAAAUCAUAAAUGAAUAAAAGGAACCUAUUAUCUGUUAAGAUAAACAUUAAUGGCCCUAAUGAACUCAAGAGAAAGGCAAAAAAUACUGCAAACCUGUUGAAGGGGAGAGUUUGUGGUUAAGACGGAUGAGCAAAGCGAGGUAGUCAAUGUCACAAAAAAAGAUCUGGAAAGUAACAACGAGCAGUUGGUUUGGUUUGAAGUAAGUUAUUUUUAUUUUUUGGUUGUUCACUCCUGAUGCUGACGAGCUGAUGCAAUGACUCUGUGGUUACAAAGAAAAAACAUCACAAACGGCUCUGAAUGAGCUCGCCCACAGAGCAGAGCGCCUAAUUGGUCACAGAACCUGUCAGUCAUGACGGAGUGAGAAGGAUCAGAGAGAGAUAUAGGGAUUGAUUUGACACUGAACGCAAGUAUAGCCAGAGAUAGAGAUAUAUAUAUAUUUAAAACACAAAGGAGAAAAUUGAUAAUUAAUACCAAUCUUAAAGAUGUUGUUUUUAAUGUUUUGUACAUUUUUAUGUGAUCCAAAUCUUUCAGGAAUUUUUCAGUCAGAGGAUCUACUUUGAGCUUAUUUUCAAAUUAAGAGUUUACAAAAGACAACGAAAAAAAAGCAAAUUUAUUGAUGUUUAUUGGGUCAUGGGUGUUAAUACAUUUAAGCUAUUUUUUGAGACUACCGUCAGCAUUUGUUGACAUGGUGGUACCCUGGGUUUUUCCUACAGAGGCUAUAGCACAAAUCUUUUACACAGACCACAGAUUACAACUGUUUCAGAUUAUGUGAUGUCAUUUUAGGAUAAAGGAGGACGGUAGGAGGUAAACUUUAGUCUGUUCGUGAUGAGGAAAUGUGAGUUUUGUUGAGCUUUAGGAUUUUUUUUCUGCUCACCCACUAAGAGUGUAACUUUCUGUGUGUUUUAAGACUUUUACACACUGAAGUUCAAAAUGCUAAAAAGCAGAUAGUGUAGUAUUCUAGUAUCAGAUAACCCGAUCUACAGCUGUGUGUAAUCUAGCUAUUUCGCUGGCACAAAAUGGAAUAAGUGAUGCUUUUAAUGGCAAUCGCUCAUACAGGUUGUUUUCUGAUAAAGGAAACUUAGACGGUAAAGUUGACAGGGCAGGAGUGAAGUUGCAGGUAAACUUAACUUUCAAAAGCAGAUCUUCGUUUUAGUCACAAAACCAAGCUAGGGAUGGUUUUAGCCAUUGCUGAGGUACCACCCCGGUCAGCAUCUCAUUCAGAUUUGUAAAACAGUUUCUGACCUUUUCACAGAAAACAUUGCUGUGGUUUCCCAUUUUAGAGUAAGGAAAUAGACUUGGAUGAGGUUUUAAAAAAACGUAGUCUGACAAAUUAGGUUUUGAUUUGAAAAAAUAUAAAGCUGUGUUCAUGGACUGUCACUGCUGAUGUGGUUGGGAAUUCCCAAAAGAUCUACAGCCCUGGAAUAAGAGACAAAAAAUGCAAAGCUUUAAAGUAUGAUAUGCUGCAUUUCUGUAAAGCCAUUAUUUAAUUUAAGGAAGUGCAGAGAAACACAUAAAAAACACCAGUAACAUGUCAGAGAGUGAGACAGGAAGUUGGUAAAUUAGGCUACGUUCACACUGCAGGUUAUGAUGCACAAUUCAGAUUUUUUUAUUAAAUCCGAUCUUUUUGUGCUUUUCGUUCACAUUACAACAACGAAUGCGGCAUCUAAUGUGAACGGUAUGCGUCCAUAAAGUGACCCGCCUGCGCACAAAGCACAAAUUGCUUUCCGCGCUUGUUUUUGUUGUCGAACAAUGGUGACGUUUGCCGCAUAUUGAUGACAUAUAGGUCGGAUGAACGCGACCUGAGCGUCCACACUGCAGUCACAUCGGAUAUAUAUCCGAUUUAUAUCCACAUACAAAAGAGGCCUGGGUCGGAUUUGAAAAAAUCAGAAUUGAACUGUUCACACUUGCAUGAAAAAAUCUGAUAUGUGUCACAUAUGGUUAAGAAAUCGGAAUUGACCUGCAGUGUGAACAAAGCCUUAGUCGUGUUUCAUGAGAAGCAGGGUUUGUUAACCAACAUUAACUCCCAAGAUGCUGCCCCUCAUUUUGAUUUCCAUAAAUUGCACCUGUUAUUUUUUCAAUGAGAGGCACAUAGCUGAAGAUGUUUCUCACAGGAAAGUGAUUUGAAAUCUAUUUGGUACUGAAAUUGGAAUAAGAUAACGCUGCACAGGGAGUUGAUUUCUUUCAAUGUGUGCUGCUCUUUGUAACGCUCACAGUUUAUGUAUUCGACAGUACACAAACAUGAGGUUACAGUUGUUCAACCUCUGACUUAUAAGGGCCUAUGUCCACUAAGUGCAUUUUUUCUUUGCCCUGGUAGCACCAAUUAAAAACCAGUUCAGCCUUUUUAAUCUGAAAAUGUCCUCCAAGUCAACGUUCUCGUGUAAAGAGAGGCACAAAAUCCCGGUCUAGAAUUUUCUGCUAAUGCAGUGACAGAAUUUUUACCAAUAGUUUUGUCAAAUUUCGUGAAAUAAAAGCAAAUAUGAAGCAAACAGGACAUUUUAAAACGGAAUUGACAGUCACUAAGAAGUGGAAGUGCUGUGAGGCAUCUGUGAAUACCAGUUUGAAAUUAAGGCAAGCUGCCCACACAAAGACUUUCAUGAGUGGACACAGGCCCUAACUGAACCAAUCGGCAUGCAUAGGACUGUGUCAUCUCUUUUGGAAACUCCCAGCCAUCACAGCGUAACAGUUCAUCCUGCAGACAGUGCCUGAAAAUGUAAAUGUAGCCUCAGUUGUAGUAGAGUGCCUCUGAAAGAAAAGAAGAAAAGUAAUCAGAAAUGGAUUCAGAUGUUUAUGGUUUAUUAAUCUGUUUCAAAUUUAGCUGGAUCUAGGUCAACUUCUCAGGAAAGGGCAUUAUUAACAGUUUAUGUUCAAAAUAAAAAUAUGUGUCUAAAAUUGUAUGUAUAAGAAAACAUGCAUCUAAUCACAUGAAGUUUAUCCAUAACAUUCAUACAAGGCUUGCAAUUAUGAAGCACUGUAUGUAUAUAUAAUGAGUCUGUAGCUACAUGUAAAUACAGCUACAGUUUGUCUGUGUUGUUGUAGUCUCAUUUCACCCUACAUAUGCAUCCAUGUCUUUAUAAAUGAAAACAUUACUCAAAGGUCUUUACUGUGGGAGGUGUAACUGCAGCAUGGCUAUCAUAGUCUAUAACUGCUAUAUUGCUGUCACACGAGCAGCAAAAACAAACAUGGUGUGUAGACCAUCUAAUUUUGUCUAUCAAAGCUCUCACACAGGAUUUAGAUUGUUAUGAUAUUUAUUUUUCAGAUGUAACUCUCCACCCUCUUUGGUUCUGCAGUGCACAUCACUGGCAAAGUCCGUUCAUCAUAAUCAGUCUCAUAUUAUCAGCUGUAUUGUCGUGUAACCAUGUAAACUUUAUGCAUUAACAUGCUUUACGAUAUAGUAAAUAUGCAGUAACAACAGAGACAGGCUUAUUUGGGACAAAGCAUUUAUUUUCCUACUAACAGUUCAUGCACUGAGUUUCAAUGCUGAGACCAAGAAAGGGCCAAACCACUAUGAAGACGUUUCUAUUCAAUAUCACAGACAGCUGAUCAGUAUGCACUGCUUAAUGAAUAACAGCAUCCUAGAGUAUAUAACAGAGCGGGAUGUCAUUAUUAUGUUUAACUGUUGCUUCUUCAGUCGGGUCUGUGCAUGCAGCGAAAUGUUUCUCGGUAGAGGUAGAACACAGAGGUUUCUGUACAGGCUUCAUUCAAACGCUGUAAGAAAAACCAUGUUUGUUCCUGUAGCUUUUCUACUUAAUUUCUCUCCUCCAGCUUCCUACAACUAACCCAGGAUAUCUGUCACCUCCCUCUGCUGACCUCUCACUUUAAACCGCAUGUCCUCAUCUGUAAAUAACGUGUUUAUACUUGUGGCUAAAAGAAAAACACUGUGGAUAUAUAUUUCCCUUGUUUCUUUCCUCUGCGUGUCUUGUCUGUGUAAAGCGGUUGUAGAUAUAGGCUUGGCUGUCUUCAUCAUUUUAGACCAAUGCAUGUUCUCUGUGAAGAGUUAAAGAUGAAGAGUUUAGGAAGUUUUAAGACCAUUUCACGUCAAUCAAGAUCUCUAAUUUGAUCUGUUUUUAUCAACAUUUAAAAGCCAAAGCACAUCAUGCAGUGUGCUUUGGUUCCACUUCGACCUUUGACUGAAUAAGAAGUGUUGAUCAUGUGAGUGUCUUCUCAGUCUAUCUUAAAACAGAACAGAAAAGAUACUCUAUGUCUCCUCAUGAUAGCUGCAUGGAAAAUAUUAACCAGCUCUUUCAGACCAGCCUGAAAAUGUCCGGCUAGUUUCAUUGUGCUUUUGCUACGUGCGUGCUUAAAUCAUUAAACUCAGAUGCGAAAUGCUAACACAUAACCUCAUUGCAAACAGAGCAUGCUACAAACUGAAUUAAGACAUGAAGUUAAAGAUGUUCAAUGAGAACUGAACUGAGCAAACAAGCAGUAGAUGUACACCUCAAAUCAUCACAAUAACAAAAAGCCUUUUUGUUUCUCCUAUCAAAACACUGUAGCAUUAUAUUAGCUCGUAGCUCAUUUAUCAGUUAGCAGCCUUUAUAAAUUUAAAAGGGAUUUUCAAGCCCUUUGUGAUUUAGCUCUCAUUUUGAGCUUCUGGACUUCUUAUUCUGUGUUUUACAAACAGAAAUAGAUGGACUGAGAACAACUUUAGUUGCCUGUACGUACAUUAAAACUGUGAUAGACAAAUCUCAUCGAUACCACCCACCAUGAUGAUGUCAUCUGAGGUUUUACAAAUACAGAGUUUUCUGACAUGAGUCAAGUAUUUACAAAGCUUAAAUUCAAUUUAAUGCCUAAGACACAAUAAUUACUUUCCAUGAAUUAUUUAAGAUUCUAAAUAUUUGAACUCAGGUCUACUAUAUGCAAAACUAUUGGACAUCACACGGUAUAAGAGAAAAAAAGACAAAUGUUAUUAUUUCAAUGUUGUGUGAGCAUGUACAGUAGCAGAUUCUCUUGCACGGUCACUUUGUUGUUUUGAUUUAGUCAGACUGAUUGUUUAGUUGUUUUAUUGGUCAGUCAGAUUAUUAAUUUAUUUAUUUUAUUUUUUUGUUUGUCAGUCUCUUUCUAUAAGGAACUCUGGGAGAUUUAAUUUAAGAAGAUCCAGAAAAAAAAAAUCCCAAGUAACGACCCCCCCUGUCUUCUGGGACAACCAAGCCUUAUGAACUUUGUGAAGUGAAAAUUUUGAAUGUUUGUAUGUUAUAAAAGAAAACAUGGAUUGUUUUAUAUGUUAAUACUGCCACAAUAAAGAUCCCUGAUGAAUAUAUAUUGAAAUAA